GAAAGGUCAGGCCGGAAGUUGGACAAUGUUUUCAAACAGACGAUGCCAGAAGUGGGUGUCCAAGUUAGUGUGUGCUGUGGAGUUUAGUAUCAUUAAAAUGCCGUGUUUCAGGUUUUCUGCUUUACAUAGUUUGCUGUCAGUGUGUUUGGUGCACCGACGACAUAAUGGCAAAAACUAAAUGUCGGUUUUUGCGGUUUAUUAGCCGAACAAUUCUGUUAGAGCCAGGUAGCUAAUGGUUAGCUCAGCAUGCAGCAUGGAUAUUUGAGUCACUCCAACAGGUGUUUACCACAGGGGGUACAGUCUAUUCAUUACGGGCUAUAUUAGCUUACAUUAGCUCAUAUUUGUGUGCGACAGUUCUCGGUGAACGACGGUUCUUCCCAAAGUAAGUCUUUUGUGUGUCAUGUUUCUCGGCUGCUUUCUGAGGAGCCCGAUCAGAUCCAUUCGUGUCAGCGUAUUUUGUUUGCAAAGUGUCUUUAUAGUCAAUGAAAACCUGAGACGGAGGUUGAAUUACAAAUGUACCAGUGUAUGUAAAAACUUCAGCGCGCUUCAACCACCUGCACACCUGUUUCGACUCAAGGUAAUGUCAGGAAGUCUCCAAACAUGACUUUGUCUGCAAAUCAGCUUACUCAAAGUACAUUUUAAGUGAUCGCUCUUAUCUGAAUGUGAGACUUUUCACUGUUUUUUUUUUCAGACACAGCGAACAAUGAGUGACAUACAGGCAGCAAAUAUCUCCUAUGGAAAAGAGGGCACUGCUGUAGCUCCAGGUGAUGAUGAUGAAGAGGAUGAGGGUGAAACUGCAGCGAUGGCUGCACAGGUGUAUGAGACAAAGGAUGAAGAGUUCAAGAAGGCCAUACUGGUGGCAGGCCAGGUGGAUACCAUCGGCAUGGCUCUCCUACAAGAUAAAACUGACACAGGUGCCUGCACAGUGUUGAGUAAGUACAACUGGCUUAAAGGGAUAUUCCGGCAUAAAAUUAAGUUAGGGUCAAACACAUCGUAACACUAAGUUAGACACCCCAUCAAGAGAUUAAUGUUGUCGACCACUUGCUUGUCUACUUAUACCAACUUUAGUAACGACCGCACGAUAGCAAUACACAGUAGUCUGAGGAGCCAUAAACAAACCUCAACUAAAAAGCCACUCUAUAGCCACAAAUAAUGCUCAGAACAGCACCUAACUUCAUCAACAGUACAUAUAGGGUCCUAGCCAUAGUACUAGCCCCCAAACAUCUUUUUAAUUUUGCCUGAUUUCUUCAGCAAAGAGACUAAACACAACUCACCUACUCUCUUCCAGCAGCCGCUUGUUUGUAGCAAGACCUUGGGCCAGUCCAUCGCCAACUGCUGCGGGGUGACACAGCUCAAGGAAGAACAUUUAUGAUCAUUUCUUUAUCAUGAAGUAAUAAUCACCAUAUUAAUUAUUUUGCACUGCAGACGCAAUAGUUCUUCUGCUUUAGCAUCUCGGUCUGAUUGCAUUUCUAUAAAGAAAAGAUCAUAAAUGUUCUUCCUUGAGCUGCUUCAGCCCGCUGCAGUCGAUGGACUCGCCUGAGGUUUUGCUACAAACAAGCGUCUGCUGGAAGAGAGAGGGUGAGUUGUGUUUAGUCUCUUUGCUAAAGAAAUCAGGCAAAGCUAAAUAGAUGUUUGGUGGCUAGUACUAUGGCUAGGACACUAUUUGUACUGUUGAUGAAGUUAGGUGCUGUUCUGAGCAUUAUUUGUGGCUAUAGAGUGGCGUUUUGGUUGAGGUUUGUUUAUGGCUCAUUAGACCGCUGUGUAUCGCUAUCCUGCGGUCAUUACUAAAGUUGGUAAAACUAGAGAAGCAAGCGGUCGGCAACAUUCAUCUCUCCCUGGGGUGUCUAACUCGGUGUUAAAGUGUGUUUGACCCUAACUUAAAUUUGUGCCGGAAAAUCCAUUCUAAAGUACAUUUUUGUACUAGUCUUCCUCAUGAACAGUGACGCUGAAAGACUUAUCUUGAUCUCAGGAUUAUGGCAUCACAAGCUGUGACAACAAAGUUUUACUCAGUUCAAUUUUUGCAUCCACAUUUACACAAAGGAGUGUGUUUUAAUGUCUAAUUCGAUGUAUUUUUUCUUAGCUGCUCCAGCAGGAUCAAAUGAGAUGACAAAGAAGAAAACAAGGAGAGAGAGGAGGACUUGGAAGAAAAAAAAGCUCAAGUCAGCUGACUCUACGAACGAUUUAAUGUCAGAGCUUCCAUUUUGUCUGACCAGUCCUACCACAUGGAAAGAGCUUGGCUGUGUGUGCAUUCUUAAUAUUAUCAUUUAAAAUCCUUAAAGGUACAGUGUUUAGAAAUGGUAAUUUUAGCAGUAAGACUUCUGUAUGAAACUACAGUAAUGUUUUCAAGGUAUGCCUCUCUACUCGGCAUGAAGGCGAACUCUUUUUUUUUUCUCCUGACAUAAAUUAUCCUUUUAUCUUUCAGUCUCUGGUUCAGACUCAAAUGAAACGAAGAGAAAGAGGAAGAGAGGAGACAAUGAAGGGCGAGUGGACAGUGAAGAGGAUGCAGAGAAGAAGAAGAAAAAAAAGGAGAGUCAGCGACCAAACUACUUCAUCUCAAUACCCAUCACUAACACACAGGUAAGGAGUUGCAGUACUUCUCAUCCACUCAGGUCUUUUUCUGGAGUCUGAUAAAUCUAAUAACCUAAAGUCUUUCAGUCGUAAAUGAGUGCUUUACAAUACAUUUCUGCUGUAUUGAGGUUCUUUUCUAGCUCAACUUUUCACUCCAGGGAAUUCUUUUUAAGGAACUAAAUGGUUCCUGUGUCCCACUGUGAUUGAGGUCUUCAGUCCAGAGUAAAUAAUAAUAAGUAAUAAUUUAAAGUUUUACCAGCCAUGGUUUGUGAAGUUCAGUCAAUAAUGGAAUAAAAAAAAAAAAAAAAAAAAUCUUAACCUGAUGAGCGAUGAUGCUGAUAUGUCAAAGCUUAUUGAUCAAAAAUGCUACUUUGCUACAUGUAACCUCUAUUUCUUCAAAUUAAGGCUGAAUCCUGAAAAAAAAGUGUAAUCAUGAUGAGUCAGCAGUCUUUUUUUUUUACUGUAAAUAUUUUUUUUUCGUUGGCAGAUCAGUUCUGCUGUGAUGGAGGUCCAGGAGGCUGUGCUUCAGCAAGAGUCUCGACUUGCCAAGGCCAUGAUCCCCAUCCCAACAUUACACAUCACGCUCUUAGUCACACAUCUCGCCAAUCAGGAGCAAGUGGACCUGUGAGUGAAUACAUAUGCCUUUUUAAAUCAUGGGCUUUGACCCAUUCAUGCUGAAAAAUGACAUUAUUUAAAAGCCAAACAGCCCGUUAAGCAGUGAAAGCCAAGCUGCCAUAGAACAGAACAGAUUCAGAUCCAGUUUAUGACAUGAAAGGCAUUCUAAUACAUUUACCUCUGUAUUGAUAAAAUUGACAGCAAAAGACCCUCAAUAUUAUAAAGCAGUGGUUCUCAAGUCCAGUCCUCGAGGCCCACUGUCCUGCAUGUUUUGAAUGUUUCCCUGCUCCAACACACCUGAUUCAAAUGAUCAGCUCGUUAUUAAGCCAUUACAGAGCUUGAUAACGAGCUGAUCAUUUGAAUCAGGUGUGUUGGAGCAGGGAAACAUCCAAAACAUGCAAGAAAGUGGACCUCGAGGACUGGACUUGAGAACCACUGGUAUAAAGCAAUAUUGAAGAAGCCUGUCACUGCAGGAGCUCCCCAGCGCUGUGACGUUUACACAACUUCACAACUUCUUUGGAAUUGUUUUUUUUUAAUUUAAUUUAAGAAAAACUUAAUUCUACUUUGCUUUUUAAAAAUGAUGUGAUUCAAAGACUUGAGUUUUAUCCGAAGAUUCUACCAAACGACCCGUGAUUUCAGCGGUAGUGCAGAUCAGCAAUGUGUUAGCCAUGUUAUGUGAUAAUGCGGAUGCUUAAUCUACAUCAUGCAGAAGAAGAUUGUGUCAUUAGUAAUCACUUGAUUCUGUUGUUACAUAACAUUAGAGGGAGGAAGGGAGAGGAUUAUGUUUUACAGUGCUGUGCGUGUGUGUGUGUGUGUGUGUUGGUGUAAACUCAUGUACAUUUCCUAUUAGGGCGGCAUCCGUGCUGUCUCAGGCAGAGCCAUCAUUGGCUAAGCUGCUGGGUGGGCGUGAUCUGGUGCUGCCCUUCUCAGGGAUCGGUCAUUUCAGGAAGGAGGUGGUUUUCGUUGGUCUGGCCCCCGGACAGCACAGACACACUCUGGACAGUGUGGCAGGUCAGUGAUGGGGCUUUUCUAAUAUCUUUGUCCCUUCUUCUUCUGUUCCCAAUUCACAUUUUUGUCUGUUUUAGUCAUGUUCAGCUCAGUUUUGCUCAUUUUGUAGUGUUUCUCAUGUUGUAUGGUAUUCAUUUCAUUGGAGGAUGUGAAUAUGAUCAGCUGUGUCUCUGGAGGGAUGUCUAAACCAGGGGUCCUCUGGUUUCAGCAUAUUGGAGGAUUUUUCUUUUUCUUUGGUACAUUUCAUUCAGAGGAUGACAGUAGGGAUUUUCCGAGAGGUCACAGAUUUAACAUCUUGAGGAGACAGGAGGUUUAUUGUACUUGGUUGUUAACUGGAAAGAUCGUCAGUCUAAUUAGAUUAGAUAAGAUUAGAUUAGACACAAUUAAAAUUCCAGCAGUAUAUUUACAGAAGAGACAAACAGAAUAAUCAAAUAUACAGUAUUCAAAGUUUGACUUGGUUAGAGUUUUGUCCUGGACUGAACUGGGAAGCAGAUUCAGCUACAUAAUUUUUGAAGCUCCUCGCAGGAUUUUUGACGGGUCAUUCAGCAGACUAAAUUUGACAGACGCCUCUCUUGACAUCAGCCAGAAGACUGCCUGUUUUGCUUAUUGCAGUUUUACAUGUUACUGCUGUGGGAUAUGAGUCAAAGAAGGGGAUUUACCUCUGACUUUUCUAACCAAAAGAUCAGCAGGAAUUGUAAGAUUCUGUGUUGUCCAUUAUAGCAGCACCGAAUUAACAGUUAUGACAAACUUUUAAUACUUUUUUUCGUUUUUGGAAAUGUAGACUGCAUUUGACAGCAUAAAAUGCAGAAAGAGGUCAUUUAUUUUGUUUUACCCAGAAAGUGUUGUAUAAAGAAUUAAUCCACUGCUGUAUUCAUAGGAAGGUGAACUUGGUGUUUUUUCCCGACAGCUUUACUUCCAGAGGUCGCUCUUUGAGAAAACAGUGGUGUACCGUCGAGUAAAUAAACAUGAAAGAGUGCUUGUUUGAUUACAGCAACAAGUGACAAGUGGAGAUCAGUGCUGCCCAAAUAAUGGCAAAAAUCAAUAACAGUUGUUUUGAUUGUUAUUGAGGUUACGAUUAAACACAGUCGCUUAUUGAUUUGACAUCAGCAUCUCACGCAUUUAUUGAACCAAAAGAGUCUUUUAAAACUUACAAAAAACAGAAGUAAUCGUUCUUCCAGUGAAGUUUACUACCCCGAAGAGCUUUGACCGAAUAUAGAUGAUAAUAGAUUGAACACGACAAGACUUCUACUUGUAGUGGAUUAUUUUUACCUGACUUUACCACCAUUCUAUCACAGGCUGCAGACCUAACCUAUUAUUCAGCAUUUUCAAGCUUCAUCUGUAUAAGUUUAAGACUUUUAAUGCUCGGUAACAUUUGUAUCGCCACAGCCAUUCUUGUCAAACUUCCUCUGUCCCUCACCUUUUUAAUUCCACACCUGCCUUCUUCUUCCCCUCUCCCUGCUUUUCUUUUUCCACCCAUAGCUGUAUGAUAGUUUAUACUGCUGUAACACAACAUGGUGGAAAUACAGCAGUCCCCAAUAACACAUUUUUAUUACAUCUGCUGCUUCUUUGGGCUGCAAAGACGUCUGAACUCUCGAUGACGAAGUUUUAGGAAGAGACAAAGCGCAUGCAUCGCAAGACAAAAUCAGCGCAACAUGACUUGUUUAUUUUUGAGUAUUAAAUUAUUAUUUUAACUGAAAUUGGUUUAAUUGCUAAGCCCUAUGUGAAAUGGCUGGUGCAAGUUCAGGGUCCAUGCCCCACAGCUGUCGAUGUUACCGUGGGUUGAUCGCAGCAGGAGCUAGCAGGGUUGCUCUGUUUUUCGUAGUUAUUUUUAAUGUCUUGUUUUCUUGUUUUCUGGAACCUUAAUAUUAUAUCUAGGCUAGAGAAGAUAACAAAUGUCUUUGUGGGUGCUAAGACAAAAAUGUGAUUUGAAAAUCAGAUUAGCAAUUCAGCGAUUUGUACAGCUACAUGUCAAACAUGCUGGUUUCAAGCUUCUCAAAUGUAAGAAUUGUUGGCUCCGGGACCAUUAACUAGGAAAAAGACGCUGUCUAAAACAUUUCCUCUGGUGUCUAUGAAUAGUAAUGUCCAUUUUCCCACAUUUGUGUACAUGUUUUGUACUGAACAAUCAGAUUUAAAAAUACAAUCACCCAAAAAAAAAAAGUGCAAUUAAUCGUAGAAUCCUAUAAACAAGUGUUUUUGCUUGUGCUGUGACGUCUUUAUCUUCCCUCAUUUUUCCAAUUUGAUCUGUAGACACAUGUUAGGGGUUUUACGCAGAAGCAUUUGCGUGUAUGUCAUUUCGGGUUCGCCUUUGGCAGCGACAUUAAGCCAACAUUUCUAAGAGGAUUCUCACUACAUUACUUCUAUGGCACCAUCACACACUCACACAGACACACACAAAACACACACAAACACACUCAGGCGCAUCAAUAUGAAGUAAAUGAGCUCAUAUUUGUCCAAUACUGUCCAUUUCCUCUCUAAAAUAUGCUGUGAUUCCAGAGUGGACACACACUGUGCUCACCAACACAACAGGAAAUUAAAGGCUCUUUUUUUUUAAUCAUCACAUCCAGCUGUGUUAGAAUACUGAUGUUCAUAAUCACAUUUUUGGACAUUAAAUCGCUCAAACAUACAAUAUUUUAACAGAUUUUCCCCUGAGCAGCUCAUCCUGUACAUCAACUGCUUAUUUCCAAUCAAAUAUUACAUUUGGUAUUUUACUUACCUUUCUUAAAGUAUUGGAAAAGCCCAAAUAAAGAUAGAGCAGGAUGUUAAACCCUGCUGUCUACUCCCUCCAACACUGUCAUUGAUUAUGUACUAACCUUUCCCUCCCUGGAGAGCUCCUCUUCUAAAAAUACCAUCAGUUUCCCUCUAAACCUCAUUGGUUGAUUGGGUGUCCGUGCCUGUGUGUGUGUGUGUGUGUCUGUCCGUGUUAGCUAUCAGUGUGACCUUGUUUAUCUGUCCUCGUCAAACUCUGCAGGAGUACAAAAACAUUUUCUUAUCAGUCUUCUGGACAUCCUCCACUGUCUGCAUCUACUCUGUCUCCAUUAGAGAGGGUUUUUUUUUUGAGUGUUCAUUUUGUAGAAGCUCUGCAGCUUUUAAACCACAUUACAGAGGUGACUUCUGUUCCAUGUCUCAUUUUUGAAAAACCUCGGUGCGUUGCAGAGCUGCUGCGGAGCCGGUUUGUGGAGCAGGGUCUCCUGCACGGUGAUGGUCGCGGGUUUGAACCCCAUCUUACCAUUAUGAAGCUGUCCAGAGCAUCGAAACUACGAUCACAGGUGGUGUACACACACACACACACACACACACACACACACGCUUUACCACAACCAAACCCUGAUAUACACAUUUUGCUCGAUCAAAUAAGUAAAAUUGAAAAAUGUAUAAGUUGCUUACGCCAAACAAAUUGAGUGAUUGAAGUUGGUCCAAGGCAAAUGAAGUGUUUCUCUCCCUCUAAGCACGAGUGAUCUUUGUUUUUCGUGUUGUGCUCACACAAAUGUGCAAGUUAAUUUCUCAAAUAACAAAAUACCCACAAUUUCUAUAGUUGUACAUUAUUUUAAAGUAAAGUAAAGGACCUGCUUUGUACUCCUCCCUCCAGGGAUGCUUUCAAAUUCAUCGAGUCCCAGUGAGCUUGUAACUUUUUGUAACCCAUGACUUGACUGCGUUGCUUCACUGGCAGCAGCUCUCUUUGUAUUUCUCUCGUUCUCCUUUCAGUGGCUGUAGAAUGUAUCAGAUGUUAUUAAAAGGACUGUUGCAGUAGUCUGAAAGAAAUUUGAAUUUAAAUAAUUCAUAAUCGUUUUAUAAAGAUGAAUUAAGCAGAGAAAUUUUCCAAGCACAAGAGGAAGAGAGAAAAAUGACAGUGACUGAGGGAUGGUUCGGAAAUGGAUUAAGAUAUUUAUAAGAGGUCAUGGUUGGGGGGUGGGGUGGGUGGGAGGUGAGCAGGGUUCAGGAGAAAAGAAACAGGAAGAUUUAUUUUGUCAGCCUUUCCUUCCUGGCGUCCGUGUGUCAGCGUUUUUGUAUUACUUCAGUCUGGUUGCGUUUGUGUUAAGACUAAGGUCCUGAAUUGUGUGGCUACAUCUGCAAAUGAGCCAGAACAUCAUGAUUCACGUUGCUCACGCAGAGGGUUAAAUACUUCACAAGCUGCACAGCACUCAAACCAUUCUGCGUUCAAGACUAUUCUACUCGUGGAAGACCUAGAAAUAAUCCAUACAGAUCUGUAAAUAAAGUCUGUGAAUUUGAUUGUUUGAUAGUCUGUUUAUGACUUUGAUUUCAGUCAGAGGCUUCUGUGGCUCAACCUGUACACAAAUAGGCUGUACCAUUAUAUAUGAUGGAGUGUUUAAUGUAUUAACUCACUUUAUUAAUUAAUUACCUUAUUUACUCCAGGAAGUUAGCUGUGUAUAAACUGUUCAUAAAUAAAGUAAAAAACUGGUAAGUCCUUUCUCUGUCUUACCAGAGUAGUAUAUGGAGUAUAUGAAUAGACGUGGGAGCUGUCAGGAUAAAAGAGCACAGCGUAACUCUGUGCAGUAGAGAGCGAAGGUGUCAGAACAGAGCUUUAGCAUGUUGGUGGGGCAAUUGAUGUGCAAAUCCUGGAUCCAGUCUAAGUGAAUCACCCUGUGAGUAUACUACAAUGUUUAAUAAAGACGGUAUUAAGUGUAAUUACCUUUUCCUGUGUGCCUUUCAGGGAAUAAAGCGUGUGGAUCCAGCUCUCUACUCCAACUACACAAACAAGUAAGUUCUUCAUCUUUUUUUUUGUUGGAGUGGCUCAUUUCCUGGUUAAACAGGAAAUUAAUUUCCAACUUAAUUUAGGGUCGAACACACCAUAAUGGCUAGUUAAACACCCCCCCAUUAAUGUUCUUCCUUGAGCUGCGUCACCCCGCUGUAGUCCGUAAUGGAUUGGCCCAAGCCUCCCUACAAACAAGCGGCUGCUGGAAGAGAGUCUUCUUGAAAAAGAGACUAAAGAAAAUGAGACAACGCUAAAUAGAUCUUUGAUGGCUAGUGUUAUGGCUAGGACCCUAUAUGUACUGUUGAUGAAGUUAGGUGCUGUUCUGAGCAUUAUUUGUGUCUAUAGAGUGGCGUUUUGGUCGUGGUUUGUGUAUGACUCAUCAGCCCACUGUGUAUUGCUAUCCUGUGGUUCUUACUAAAGUUGGUAUCACUAGAGAAGCAAGCGGUCAGCAACAUCCAUCUCUCACAGGGGUGUCUAGCUUUGUGUUAUGGUGUGUUUGACCCUCAAUUAUUUUUACGCCAGAAUAUCCCUUUAAGGUAUAAAAAAAGUUUAAAAUAUGUGGCUGGACGAUGUCAGUGGGUUUGCUGAGGGACUAACGAUAACAGGGCAAGUACUAAAAGUUGUGCAUCAGUUGUUUGUGCUUAUCCAAGAGCAGCAAGAGCAAUCUACCCAGAUAAAAAAACAAACAAAUGAAAAUCUGACAUACUCUUUCUGUGUAGUAACCCAGACCAUAUACACUCAUAUGUGGAAAAGCUAUUUGAAAUGUUAGGGAGUCAAGCCUCGAAUGGCUCAAAACUGAUUUACCCCUUAUUAACAUGAGGAAAUCAACUGCUGUUAUUGUUUUCUACUCCCUGACAGUUUUUAUUUCUCACCAGUGUAUAAAAAUAGUUGGAAAUAUUUCUUUUCUUUGCACAUUUGACUGACACCUUGACUGUUUUGCUGGAGGCGUCAACACUCUCUCCUCCACUGACUCAACCCUCUCUCGCUGUCACUUUUGGUUGUCCCACUGCAGGUUUUUUGGAGACCAGACUGUUGAGCGGGUGGAUCUUUGUUCCAUGUUGAAAAAGAAGCAACAAGACGGGUACUACCACACUGAGACUUCACUACAACUCGGUAAGUGUCUAAUAGAGCCUUGUUGCGUUUGUAUUCAAUGUCUCUCCUGCUAUCAUGCGCUCUGUUGAGCCACCAGAGGGUGCUGUCUGAUUACAGCUUGAUUCCAGUGUCCCUGGCAGUGAGACACAAGGAGCUUCCAGUGGCAUUUUUUGGGAUAAUGAGUUGCUGUUGCUGUGGCACCUUUCUUUUUUUCUAUGUCAGCAAAUAAUGUCUCUGGGAAUCACUUGUGGCCCUAUGAUACGAUGUUAUCACGAUACUUGGGCCACGAUAUGAUAUUAUUGUAUAUGUAUCUUUGUUGCACUGACUUUCUCCUGCUCUCUGAGGUCACUGCCAACCUCACUGGACGAACAGUUGAUUUUAUUUUUCCAUUAUCAUAGAUUUGACUUUAUUUUUGCAAUUAAUUUGAAAAAAAUAGAUAUUUGGUAAAUGAGACGAUACAAUAUAUCAUGAGACAAAAUAUCGCGAUAUUAUGCUGUAUCGAUUUAUUCUCCCACCCCUACUGUUUUGAGUAAAAAAUGUAAAGGUUGUGUUGGAUGGGGUUUUUUUAGAUGGUAAAAAUUUGUACACCCAGUUUGCAAAGCCUAAGCAGUACAUUUAUAGAUACUCAGCAAAACCCUGAAGAGAGGAAAAACGGUCCAGUGAAACACCCUUUGAAUCCUCGAGAGCUGAUUUCCAUUUUCAACAUUACUGCCAAGUUUAGACAUUACCGCCCUGCCAGUUCUUUCACAAACUGGCAGUGUUGUUGAAUGAAUGGAUGGCGAUGAUGAUGGUGCUUUUGGGCCUGAGUGGUCACAUUUGUGGAUUAAAGACACACUCAUCAUGUCUUGGUCUACAGUUAGUUACUGAAAGCAAAGUUGAACUCACCUCUAAAAACGUGGCACGAACCAUCCAGCGUAUCACAGGAUUUGCUUAGCAGAUUGUUAUACUUUGACAUCUAUGCUGCCGAGGCUUGUUCGAGCAGUUGAGCUUACUCUGUAGAUUCACAUAGACUCCAGAUGGCACUGUUUACCACUCUGGGACUUGGUUUUAGGCCAGACAGGCAACAUCAAUGAGCUCUGUGUGUCUGUUAAGUACUGGUGGUUACAUUCUGGUUAUGGGAGUGAGAACAAAAUUGUGCAUGUAAUAGUUUAUGCUGCAGACUGAAACAUGUACAAAGAUUCUAAUAUUGAGCAGCCACUCUUUGUGAUGUAUAAUAUCACCCAGAGGAGAUGCAGCCAUGUGACUGUGGUAAACCAGGGUUGCAAAUGUAUUUUUACCCUCAUUGCAAAUGUCUGACAGGAUUGUAAAAAUUAUUGCCCUUAAUAUCGUUUAUGCAACCACACAGUCUCGCGAUGAAUCAAAGAGACACAGAGGGGCAAAAAUUCCUAAACACAAUUUAUUCAAAAGAUCUGGUCUGGCUGCAGACCUCCACUGUCAGGACCCGCUCCACCGAGAGGAUCUGAGGUGACAUUUUUUUCACAUGCAUUCCAGUUUGUUUGAAGUGGUCAUCAGGUUUUGUAUUUCCUCUUUGUUAAACACAUAAAUAGACAAAAAAUCAUACUUACAGAGUAUACAUAAAAUAAGACCCCAAGGAAUAAAAUAUAUUGACACGAGACAUAAAAUACAUACUUCCUGGUCUAAUCGCUUUAAUUUGAUAGGCUUCAAAUCAACUGCUGUGGUAAAAAAUACAUAUUCCCGGUAUAUUUACUUUUAAUUUGAAAGGCUUCAAAUCAACUUAUGACGUAAAAAAAACCCAUACUCCUGGUAUAUUUACUUUUAUUUUGAAAGGCUUCAAAUUAACUUCUGAUGUAAAAAAUAAUAAUAAUAAUAAUAACAAUACUCCUGGUAUAUUCACUUUUAUUUUGAAAGGCUUCAAAUUAACUUCUGAUGUAAAAAAAAACAUACUCCUGGUAUAUUUACCUUUAUUUUGAAAGGCUAAAAUCAACUUCCGAAGUAAAAAAACAAAAAAAAAAACAUACUCGUGGUAUAUUUACUUUUAUUUUGAAAGGCCUAAAAUCAACUUCCGAAGUAAGAAAAAAAAAAAAACAUACUCCUGGUAUGUUUGCUUUUAUUUUGAAAGGCUUCAAAUCAACUUCCGGUCCGCUCAGUGGAGGUGGGUCCUCACAGUAGAGGUCUGCAACUAAAGGGUCCUGACAGUGGAGUUCUGCAGCCAGACUGUUUUGGAUAUCUCCAAAAAAGCAAACAAAAGUUACCAAACAAAAUGAGCUUUCUUUCUCUUUAAAUAACAGUGGGCUCAUGUCAGUUUAGACCCCCACUCACCUCUUACUUUGUACACAAACAGAUUUCAGAUACCUCCUGGAGAUCUUACAGGGUUGGUUUGUACCUUAAGGUGAACAUAAGCCAAUGCAUUUACCUAAGUAUGUGCUGUGAGACAGAUUGAUAGGAACUCCCAAAGUCCCACUGAUAAGCAAGUACACUAAUUGCUCUGUGUUUAAGUGUGUGUGUGUGCACAAGGGUACAUGCAUGGCUGUCAGCAUGAGUGGAACUGGGCUGUCACAAUGUUUUGUGGAUCACUGAUCUGUCUGUGAAAGACAAAGAGCGACAGUGUGUGUGGGGGAGUGACAGUUGGAGCGUGGGGACAUUUACCUCACACCCUUGUCACAUAAAGCUUGUGCCACUGUCAGUUUUUUUCACAGCGUCGUAAACAUAUGCAGCUAACCAGUCACACCUGCUUUAAAAUCGUGCAUAUCUUUGCUUAGGUCUGUUCACUUGAUUUGGCAAUAGUGACCAUUUUAACUGGGAGUGAUCAGUAGCUUAUGGUUGGUGAUUUCAGAGGGAUAUUGUUGUCUGCCUCCAACUAUAUGUUCUGUCACAGUAACACUUGAGAAGAGUUUAUAACACUUUCACAAACAUUCAGAGGAUCUUCUCAGAGAACUCCUUUCUUAUUAAUUUAGAAACUUUUAAAAAAGUAGUCUUAGACUGAAAAGGAUUCAAGAUCAUUCUCGGAGCAACUCUUCGUGCAAAGGGGCAAAAACUCUCUCAGUGAGGAGGUGGGACUGACCCCACUGCUAGGUAACAAAGGGGGGGGGGGGGGUUGAUCAGUCUGAUUAUAGAGCCUGAUCAGAUAUUGAAUUUAAGUAUUAUAUAUAUAUAGAAACUGUUAUUUCUGAUGUUUAAAUUAUUGUGAUUAUUUCAAUAAUUUAAACUGCAAGUUAAAACUAAACAGCUUACAAAUGUUUGGAAACACACGCCCACUGAGCUGUAGCUUCUCUGCAUGCUGAUUAAGCAGAUUUUCUACACAGGUCUACUAUACCUGAGCUAAUUUAAACAGAGCCAAUUCAAGAGAGUGCUGGGGACCUAAGCAAAAAUUCCCAAGGGGCCCCUCUGACAACCGUUAAACAUAUUCAUAAAUAAUCUGAAACCAUGUAACUUUAAAGGUUGUGCUCUAAAAUAGCAACAGCUCUGGUAUGUUUUUACCACAAUAGCCAAAACUUCACCUUUGUUCUAAGAUUUGAUGUCUGAGACUUAUUUCAGUAAUAUGCGUAGUACGUGUAAUAUGCUCCACAGUCAAAAUUUAGAUCUAACUGGUCAAAGAUGUCAUUGAAAUUUGACCACUUGUGUUUUGAUGGGGUUGCAAUAUUUUAGGAUAUUAUUGCGGAGUAAGGUUUGUCAGCCCCUGAGGCCCCCUAGUGGCCUUGGGGCUCCAACCGACUGCCUGCCUUGCCGGUUGACAAGCUCAGGCUCUGAAUUUAAAUAAUUUUGUGAAGCUUGUUGCUGUUAUUUUGCACCAUAUUAGUUAUUUUCCUUCUUCGAGGACGAACCUCCCUAUAUCCCCUUGCAACAGUCCAGUUUCUACAUGCUGCACAAAUUACUUAUUGUAACUGUCGACUAAAUGUGUUAGCUUAACUAACAAAACUUGCAUGGAUAUCUUUGAAAGCAAGAUUGGUGGAAUUUAACAAUGAUUAGCCUGCUGCUCUGUAGCAUAUUGAAAGUAUCUAGAAGUUCCGAUACCCCAAAAAAAAAAAAAAAAAAAGCGAAUAAAAAUAUCAACAUAAAUGAGGUAUUGUUAUUCUGUCGUGUGUAACAGUUUUAAACUUUGAACAAAUGGUGUCAUACACUGACUGGAUAAAAACACUGUGUUUUAAACUGUUGCUUUAUGUGAUAUCUGUGUAAGUUACACAGAAAGAAAUUCAAUCUCUGUUUUACCGUGUCCUGUCGGAUUUACCAUCCCUGUUCCUCUUGGUUCAUUGUGCUCUUUCUGGUCCCGCACAGUGGUCAGUGUCUGAUUAUGUGUGUGUAUGUUAAUCCCAUAAUCCACUGUACAAGAUAAUCCACAGCAAAGCCUACAAUACACAACCUAACAGGGUGUGCUUGAGGGUGGAAAAUGACCAGGAUGCCAGAUUAUAUAGCCAGCAGCAGAGUGCAAAGACAAAACUGAAGAUUUUCUCUGAUUUGUAAAUCCGCUCAUUAUUAAAGUUAUAAUCCCCAAGAUUUCAGGAUUUUGGGUUGGUAGAUUACAGGUGUGAAGCCUCAGCUCCAGCAUACUAAAAAUCAGGUGACCAAAUUUGGACAUGACAACACUUAAAUGCAUAUUUAGGAGAUGGCAGUGAACAAUGAAAUGUAACACAAAGGUAUUGCCUAAAUAAAACUGAUUUAUUUAGCCAGUUAGAGGCAUUCAUAUCAAAUUUUGUAUACUACAUUUCAAUGAAACCAAUAUUAGAAUAAUAAAGUAUUUAUGAGCACAUUUGAGAGGAAAAUUGAGUUAGUGCAGUAGCGGUAUCACAGCUAGAAGGAAUUGGAUUUUAGCCUUUCCUUGCCAGUCGGUUGUAAAGACAGAGCCAUAUAUCACUCAAAUAUGCUGUCGCAAACUAAAAUUUAAAAAACGAAAAGAAAAGGGGGCCAUGUAUAAACCCUUGAGGGACACCACAGGAUAGAUUGGCUGGGUAAAAUUGCUGACGAUUACUGAGAAACAGAAAUGGAAGAAACUUGCUUUUUUCACUAAUUACCUAAAAUUUCACAACAGGGCAGUCAAACUGAAGUCAUUUUUUUUGUCGAUUCAUGAUCUGUCAGUAAAAACGAAGGGAAGUUAAUGGGUGUUGUAAGUUUGUAUUUAAGCCGUUGUUUUUCCCGGUGAGUGACUGACUGUGUUUGCCUGAUAUUAGGCAUUGAACAGACAGAGUUCACUGGGAGUUUAAGAGCUUAAUCACAUAAACAACCACCUGCCUGUGAAAUUUAUACUCUGAGAGAUAUCGUUAUGACCAAAAUGAGGAAAGAUACAGCUAAGACAGAUAAACAGUAAACUAGAUGUCAGUCAAAAGAUCUCUGACAUUGUUUUGGCAUUUUCUUGAACUAUAAGAAUAGAUUAGGUGUGAAACUUUAGUCCAUUUACUCCAACAUUGUGGUUUUAGUUAAGGAUUAAAACCGUUGGCGUGUGUUUUCCCUUUUUCUGGUAUUGUUUGGACAGAUGGCUCAAAUUUAUACCCCAGAACAAAAACUCUGAAGCGUCCUUUAAUCCUUUUUCCAUGCACGGUUGUCCAAUGUGAUGUCAAUGUAAACACAACACAGAGUUGAUUAAUGAGUUGAGUGUUUCUGAGAUGGAAAAUAGGUCUAUGCUGUGGUGAGAAGACUACUCUUCACUCCUUAAACCACUUGAGACUUGUUUGGGGAAAAAGUGAGCGAUGUUGGAAGUCUCGACUAUAUGUUUUCCAAGAAAAGCCACUUUGCUGCAAGUAGAGAGCUGAAAUGACAGAAGCGGUGGGCUUGUUUGUGUCCUCAAACACAAACACAAAUGGUCAUUGUGACAUUUCCAGUCGAUCUGUAUAGUUCAGAUAACUCAGAUAACGCUCCCUUACAAUUUGAAGUACAGAGGCACAUCCAUACAGUCAUAAAAAUGUGGCGAAGUCCAGAGACAAGCACACAACCAUUAAACAGCACACACCCAUGGACAGAUGUUUUUUUGCUCCCUGACCUUUUGGUAUUUUUAUGCCCACUUCACUUACAGACUGUGCUGCUUUGCUCUUUCCUUUAAAACAAGCCUUUGGCAUUUCUCCAAUGGCAGCGAUUAGCUUAUUUGCCAGUAAAUGGACUAACUUCUGUCUGGAGAAGCAUCAACACAGAAAUCCAGAAUAUAUCAACUAUUAAUACCCAGUAGUUAAAUUUUAUUGGCGUUUCUUUGUAUAUUGUAAAGACACUUCCACAGAGUCAAGUCGUGCGCUGAUGGUCUCAUUAAUUCAGAUUAAGUUCGCAAUGAUCUCAGACAGUAAACAGCUAUAUUUAUGUUAAAUUGCUUUCCAUAAUGACUGUGAAAUAGAGGAUUGAAAGGGUUCCUGGUUUAAAGCACAAACGUAAGUGGAAUUUUUCCGCCUUUUGAUAAUUUGUGCCGUACACAUAUUUUAAGACAGAGAACGCAACCCACUAGAUCUACACUGCUUUGACAGUUAUAAUACAAAUAUAUAUAUAUAUUGCUUUUAUAACCAAAAGUAAUUGCUUGCAUUUACCCAGAACAGGCAAAUAAUUGGAUUAAAUGAAUCAAUUUAAAUAAAUCUGCAUUUCAGGCGAAGAGAUUUUGCAAUUAAUGAUGCUUCUGACUAAGCUCAGUUACACAUUUCAAUUCUUUUAUAUUUUCUCCGUCUGUUCUCCGUCACUGUCAUAUAUGGAAAAAAUGGCUAAAAUGGUAAAAGGUAUUUGCCCAAAGAAAAAAAAAAUGUGUGCCUCAUUGAAAGAUGUGCAAAUUACUGUUAGCUCUGUUUAUAAUUAGUCCUUAAAUUCCUUAUCCACUACCUUUCACUUCCUGUUUCCAUCGCCUCUCUUAUUCAUUGGAUCAGACGGUUCCUAAAUGCUUGAUUGAAUGCAUUUCAGUAACAAGAUCGCUUAUGAGUUGCAUUUGUUUUGCUUGUUGUUAAAGACCUUGCUAUUUUUGCUGCAAUCAAAUCAUGAUAUUCAAAGGCUAAUUGGGCUGUAUUAAGUUUCAGAGGUGUACCAAAUUUCCACUCCAAAUUGGGCCAAUUAUUGGCUCUUCGACAUAAUCAGUGUCAUCCUGCAUCAGCCCUUACAAGGUUGAUAUCACCAUUAUCUUCUCAAAUGAAAAUGCAGUUGACGCCAUAUAGGGCUGGGCGAUAUGGCCUCAAAUCAAUAGUAUGAAAUAUUGAGCAGUUCACUUUGAUAAUGAUAAAUGGAUGAUAACUACUAAGCUGCUCACCUGCUCCCACAUAAACUUCUACUUCCGCUGCUGCAACUUUUGGACCGUCCACCAUCUCCUCACCUGUCUUUCCCUCUUUGUUACGGACUGGAUGGGGUGGAGUCACCUCUCCAACGUAAGACAGUGUCUUGAAGGGACAUGAGACCAUAGCCUACCUACACACAUCCAGAACCAACUUUUAUUUAUUUAUUUUUUUGACACCGAAUAUAUUGACACGGGCAAAAUGAUUUCGGUUAUUGUCAUAAAUUUCAUUAUCGAUAAAUUUUCGGUUUAUCGCCCAGCCCUACCAGCAUAUUAAAUCUAAGACUGACGGGGUUUGACUAUUAAGUCUUGUGACUAUAAUGUAUUGAAUAAUGCAGUUUAAUCAUAAAAUUAAUAUCUAGUAUGUAUUUUUCAGAAAUCUAAAAGUCCCUUGUGAAUAUUUUACUGAGUUUUUAUCCGUCUGUAUUUAUUUGAAAAAACAUUCACUCAAAUUUUGUCUUAUUUGUUUGCAUUAUUAUAUUGAAGGAACAGCAAUGUGAUAUUAGCGUUAUAUAUCAGUCAACCUGCUUUCUCAAAAUAGCGGUGUCAACAUUGGCCCUAGAAAAACUUCAAUCAGUCAAUCACUAGUUUGUAUCGUAGGAUCAGUGAAAUCUCAGUGAGCACAAUUAAGCUACUUAUUUUCAACUUAUUUCCUUUUACCUUACAAGAACAGCUUCUCGCUCUAAGGGGCAUGUGUGAAGAGGCAGAUUUUGAAAAUUUCAGGUGCGGGCUCUCCUGGGUAUUUUACAGCUACUCGAGAGUUUUGAAAAGAGCUCAAGUGAAAAUCCUGGAAGGCAUAGAUGUCAUGGAGCCUCAGCCUGGCAUUUGUGCAGUGAACUUGGGUUAGGAAGCUGCCAAAAGCAUCUAUAGCAUAAAGAAGUACUUUUCAAAUAUUAGAGAAUCAACAACUGCAAAGCCGUAUCAUAGGAAGCCUGUAAGUUAUCUUAUUGGCCUGCAUUAAGUGAAACAUAAAAAAAAACCCUGGCAACUUCCUGUGUAAAUAGUGGAUGUUAAUAAGAUGGAAGAGAGGCUGAAGUAAGAUUUAUGAGACGAGGACAGGACAAAAAGGGGAAAUGAGACAGGGAAGGAGGAGAGGAAGGACAAAUGAGAAAGACUGAAGAGAGUGAAUCAAGGAAUGAAGGAGAUUCAAUGAUAAAUGAGCAUCAGGAGACAAUGAGAGAUGGGGAGAGGAGAGGAGAGGAGAACUGGCAAGCAGAAGCAGCAGAAUUAAACAGAUAACAAGGAUGGAGAGAGCAGAUAGGCCGGCCAGACACACACACAGACAGAGGAAAUCGAGAGCCGGAGCAGGGAUGACAUGAAACAGACAAACAGAUUCCAGUUUGAUAUAAGAGAGGAGAGGGCUGAAAAGGCCAAAAGGGUCGGGCAGACACAGCGCCAGGCAGCUUGAUUCAAGAAGCAAGAGGAAUGAAAGUAGAGUACUGCGACAGACUGAGGAGGAUUGUAUAAGGGUUUAAAAGGGGGAAAGUGUCCCUCAGGUCAUCUCUGUCAGAUGUAAUAAGAAUCAUCUGGAGCCUACUCACAUGUUCUGCUCCAAAUGUCUCUUUCUCUGUCUGGCUGCCUCUUUACAUUUUAUAUCAUUUUGAAAAUUUAUUUGAAUGAGCUAACAAAUAUUUUUUUAAGAAUAAGCUGCAAGUUGAAUUGAGAAAGCUAACCGAAAAACAAGAUUCGACGAAAGGCUAGCUGGUACAAUCCUCAGUAUUUGCGUCAGUUCUGACAGGGAGCUCUUGAAAGAUGUACAAUUUACAAUGUCAUUUAGCAGAUGCUCUUAUCCAAAGCGACAUACAUUCGAGAACAAAUGGCGCAGCCUGUAGGGCCAGGCAGGGUCAAGUGUCUUGCCCAAGGAUGCUUCAGCACAUGGACCGCUCUGGAAUCAAACCCCUGAUCUUCCAAUUGGUAGACAACUGACACUACCAACUGAGCCAUGGCUGCAGUGCUAUAAGGCUUCACCAGUGGGACACAUGGUCAGUUGUGUACCUCACCAUCACAGGGUGUUGUGGUUCGCUGUUCACCUUAGCAGCCCAGGUGGUGUCACCCCUCUUGAGCCACAGCCAGUCACUUGUCCUUUCAGCGGUGUUGGAGAGUUCUAUGAAGGUUUGUUGGUGAGCCUGUCCCCUAACACCAACCUUCUUAAGGAGCUUUGUUGUUGUUCUGGCUACAAAGCCCCUACACCUCACCUCCGCUGGGCGCACCUUGGUCUUCCAGCCACUGUCCCUUACCUCAGCUGCGAAGUUGGAGUACCACGGCUUCUUACGUUUCAACCUACCUGAGGCCAUUCAGCGUGUCCUGCCUGAGUUGUUCAAGUUGUCGGGUGUCUUUGAGUGUUACACCAUUGUCCGAGGCUCUUGAUGAGUUUCUCUAGGACUGUUGGGAUUGGUUCAUCACUGAUGUGGAAUUGCUCUGCUGUUAGUUGGCCUUUUAAGAUGGAGAUGCUGUAACUGUCUGCACACACCAAGCGCGAGUAAAAUCAUUAAGUCAAUGCAAAGACGCGAGUAGAUGCUCCUACUACUCUGGCGACGCGAAUGACGCGAAUCAGGUGUGAGCUGAAAAUGGCGCAACUUGAGCGGAUAUUUGCGUCACGAUAACUAAUCAAUACGAAGGUUGCCAGGUGACGUAUGAAAACGUAGGGUUGUCCAUUGGUAUCUAAAAUGAAAGACAAACUGGUCGUGUCGGAUUACGUGGUGGAUUGUAAAAAACCUUUGUCUAUCACUUGAUCCUGCCGGGUGAAUUGGCAGGGAUUACCAUUGAAAUCACUGUUGGCGCGCGAAUGAAUCGAGGUAGAUGAUUUUACUCGCGCUUGGUGUGAGCGCCCCAUAGGAUUUGCUUGGCUUGAACUCCACACUUUCAAAACUGGAUGUGGUUGGAGGGAGUUUUCUGCAAAUUUGAUAUUAUAAAAGUCAACAUAACCCUUAAAUGGCCUUUUUUUUGUUGUUUAACGAGAAUUACCCAACAUAUGUGAAAGUUUCUAUGAGCAUAUCAGAUUCAGAAAAGAAUCUGCAUGAUGACAAAAAAAAAAAAACAACCCUACCAGAUUUCAUAGAAAGUCAAAGGCACAGCUGUGAACAUAACAGAAAAUUCCCAAGGCCAUAAACUAUCUGAUUGAUUCAGAGGAGCUGUAACAACCAGAGCAGUCUCAGUGGGUAAAUAAAAACACCCCUGAGCUGUCACAUUAAAUCCUACAAGGACCAUAAUGCUUUGUUUGUGCACUGGAGUACGUUUAACUAAUGGAGCGUGAAUUCAAGGGAAAAAUACAGGUUUACCUAAAGAUCCAAUCACUGAAAAGCAAACAAGGCACACACACUUUCUACUAACAGGUAUUGGUUCCUCUCAGCCAUCAGGCUUUUCAAUUAUGUUUUUCUGACUAAAGCUUCCAUUGUUUUCUGGUCCCACAACUCAAUUUUGGUCAUGAGGGCGAAUAAAUAAUUAUUCUAACUCAAUCACCUGUUGCUGAACUUCUCAAAAUAACAUCAGUGGGACCACCGUGUUGCCUCCCUCAUUGUUUUCUGACUAAGCCUAGAUGGUUUAGCUCAAAUCUCCUCUGAAAACAGGCGAUGCAUACAAAUAAUCUUUUUCUUUGUAACUGGGAUUAAGUGUCCGAGAAUUUGGUCUGUGAGCAAUCUCACCAAAUAGCAGGCUUCUAUACCCAAAGAUGAGAGGAAAUCUUUGUUGAAAAAUUGCGUCUCUGUGGUGAACAGUAGCUGCUGAGAGCUAGGUUAAUAAGAUGGGGGGAAAAAAAGAGGAAACAUAGAAACACUGGGAGAGUGAUUGGCAGUUUUAAUAGCACCAUUUUACUAUAGUGAAUGUAUAAAUCAUACUGACCUUGUUUAUUUUUGCAUCAUGACUGUAAAACAUUCCCAUAUAGAUCUUGAAAUUGCAGGCAUGUCACACACGCUCACAACAACACGAGUGCUUGCUUUUAUUUGUUGUGUAGGUGUUUUCAUGUCAGCGGUUAAUUAUUACAAUUAUUAUGAACAGUGCGCCAUAUCACACAGCGUAUCAUGUGUUUUUGUGUAUCUGUUUGUGUGUGAAACCUGUCUCAUGACCGAGUGCUGAGGCACCAUGAGUCGACCUUAACAAAGAAACAAAGUCAACCCUGUUGUUGUCCUCUUUCUUUAUCUGCCUCCCUCUUUCUCCUCUGCAUCUCGGGGCCUUUUCUGAAAGCACACUGGCUGUUGAAAGAACUUGAAUAUUACAGCAUGAAUAAUAUAUUUCUGCAGUGUUUAUAAGUCCUCGAGCGAUGUUGAACCUGCAGGAAGAAAAUUAAAAUAUCCAGAAAUGUUAUGUAGUUAAUGGAAGUGUUAACCUGGUCUGAUUUAUGAAUUCGAGGUACAACAAUAAUCUGAUUUAUUGAAAUCACUCAGCGCAUAAAUCAACCAGAUCAUGUCUGAGUAUGCAGGAGUGAUGUUUUCAUCAUGUGUACAUAUAAGAGCUAUGACACUAUUGACACUAAUUGCAAUUCGGCCUUGUUAGUGACACUCAAGCUCUACAAAUAGAAGUCAUCACAGCUGCAUUUUCUGUGUGUGUGUGUGUGUGUGUGUGUGUGUGUGUGUGUGUGUGUGUGUGUGUGUGUGUGUGUGUGUGUGUGUGUGUGUGUGUGUGUGUGUGUGUGUGUUUUUGGAGAGAGACAGCUGUUGGUUGAACGCUGUGGUUGGAGACAACACUCCACUGUCUGCUAACACAGCUGAGCUCAGUGCACAAUGUUUCACAACGCACGCGGUGAACUCGUGUGUAUGUGUACGCGUGCGUCUUUCGCUCCUCACACUCAAUAUCCCGCUUAGUCCUCAUUUAUAAUCCUCCAUUAACUAUGUAGAGUAGCACUGUGUGUUUAACUAGGCUUCCCUGUUCGGGGGUGUGCACUUUAGGCUCCUGCAUAUUUGUUGAUUUAGUGAAAGACUCCAACUGAAGGAGGCCAAAGAGAGGGAUUAGAGCAGAUCAUCUGGUGGGAAAGCAGUGCCCCUUUCCACCUUUUCUACCUGUUAUUGUUAUGACUCUAAGUAGAACUAGAAACUGAAAGACAAUACAUGUUUUUUGAUUGUUUGUAUCUCUGUAUGUCGGAUUUGAGUAAAUUCUUUUUUUCUGCUUAAGUGAAAAUAGCCCCUAUAAGGAGCGCCUUUUCUAACAUUUUUAGGGGCGUUAUGAUGCAUAAUUUUUCUGAUUUAUUUUUUUUCCUGAGACCACUGCAGUAGAUAACUUUCAUGCAUGCCUGACUGGUGUGCAGAAACUGGUAAUUUUUCAAGCAUUUUGUGAGACCUUAUUUUGAAGGAAAGCGUAAUAAUAAUAAUUCUCUCUUAGAAAUAUUACAGUUUUCAUAAAUAAUAACCUCUGCCUAACACACCUCUGCCUUUUUUUUUAAUAAAAGUUGAAAGUCAAAGGUUUAGUGUAGUUUUAGAUUCAUUCGCCAAAUCAUCAGAUCAUGUAGCGUCUGGUGGAAGGAGCCUGCGACUCCGACCUCCUGAACUGAUACACAGCCGAACAGUUCAGGAUUCAGUUCAGAUCAUAGCUUCUGGGACCUGGAGACGAGAGUGUUUGGCUGUGUUGCUUUGGCAAACAGGUUUGUAAAAAUGAACUUGUUUAUAAGUCAUGAUGUUUUAAGUGUACUGUCCUGUGGUAUGCUAUUUAUCAGGUCUGCUUGGUAAAUUAGGCUCAGUGAGUGAUUAGUUCACUGAACGUUUAGAACAGGGGUGUCAAAGUCAAAUGGACGGAGGGCCAAAUAAAAAAUUUAGCUACAAGCCGAGGGCCGGACUGAUAAAAUGUUCAUUGAAAAUUUUUUAAAUGACGCAUAUAGUCUAGUGAACCUAACUGAACCUACUGAAAACCUAACAAAUAUAUUCCAAUAUGAUCAGAUAAAUAAAGCAAUAUUUUCUUAUGGCUCUGUCAGUAAUCUUUAAUUUUCAACAGACACAAAAGACAAAUUUCCUUUAUAUAAAAAUCCCCAUAACAUGAACAUUAAAUGAAAGAAACCGGUAUUAUUCAAGGCACCAUCAGUAGCCUAUAUUUUCUAUUUUAGCAAAAGUGGGCUAAAUUUACUUCAAAGAAAAAAAUAGUAAUAGCAAUUUUCUAUCAUCCACUCAACUGAAAUAUUUUUAAAAUAUAAUUGGAUUGAAAUACAAUAAAAACGUGUUUCGUUUCAUAAUGUCGUCUCAGAUUAUACUCUUUCAGUACCGCCACACUUUCUCCACACAGAAGACACACAGGUUUUCCGGCUACCUCCGUGAACAUAUACUCCGACUCCCACCUUGUUUGAAACCCCCGGUUCUCAGUGUCCACCUUCCGUUUUGCCAUUUUUGAUGGGUAUCUGAAAGUUAAUUUUACUGUUAUGCUGACGACUGCUGUGCUAAUAAAUAUUGAAAUGAAGCAGCCUACUGCUCGGUGCGUCACUGUUGCAUUGUGGGAAAUGUAGUAUUGGUGCGUCUAAAAGAUCUGCGGGCUGCCGGCUUGCUGCGGUCUGCGGGCCGGUUCUAAUAAUAAAUCAAGAUCAUCCCAGGGGCCGUAAAAAACCUUCUCGCGGGCCGGAUGUGGCCCGCGGGCCUUGACUCUGACAUAUGUGGUUUAGAAGAAUUCACCUUUCCCUCGCAAACAGCUGCAAUGAUAGGAUACUGCGGGUUUAAUGCACUAUUUGUUACAUGCUGUGUCUUAUUGUAUGCAAGUUGUUGUGGUGUCAUUUUAGCGGUUAAAAAAAAAGAAGGUAGUUUUGUCCAACAAAAAUGAUUCCAGAGAGUGUAGUUCAAUGCAUGAUUCGUUCACCAAAGGAUUCAGGUGUCGUUGCAUGCGGUCCCUUGUUCGCCGGCUGCUUGACUGGCAAUACUGUUCCUCACUUCAGCUCAACUUAAGUGAGAAACGAACAGAUCACUGGAGGAAGUGAUUCGGUUCAGUACGUUCACUUAAAAGAUUUGGUUCUUUUGAACGAAUCGUUUGUGAAUGACACAACACUAGCAGUAACCAAGAUGUGUAAUUUUUAUGGCCUCAUACUAAGACAAUGAGCUCUGCAACAACAUUAUAUAGGUGUCCUAGUCAGUAUGUCGACAUUCGCAGUUAAGUUGAGCUAGAGUUAACGCUCGAUUAGGCAGUUUAACUGGACUGAUAUCCUUAUCCCAGUUUACAUGCACUGGACAAAAAUUAAAUUAUUUAUAGAAGCAAGAUUGCCUCCGCUACAGUAGAUGGCGACAUGCCCCCAUUUCAGCUCACUGCUAUCAGGUCGUCGCCUUGUUUUUCGUAUUAUAUAUCUAAACAGUCGGCAAAACAUGUUAGCUAGAAGCUAACCAGAUAUAUGUUAAACCAUGAAAACACUGUCACCUCUAUACAGCUCUGUAUUAGUCUUUUUUUAAGGUCCUUUCUUUAUCUGUUGAGAUCAUGCUGUUCAACUUCUGGCUUAAAGCCCGACAUCUUACAAUAACUACAUGUCAACAUCGUAGUAGCAUAUAUACUCAUGUAAUUAAUUUCUAAAGUUUGUCCACAGCUCCAUUCAUUUUGCUGUAGGAGGCAGGGUUAUACUGCCAGUUAUAGGGUUACAGGGUUAUACUACCUAUAUUGCAACCCGUCACCAGAGGGUGCUGUUUUUGAGGCUUCACCCAGCAAGGAGGCAGAUAACAUCCAUCCUAUAUACAGUCUAAGGUCCCUCCUGAUUCUCUAUGGAGACUGGAACAUUUAUGAUUUUUAUCUAAGCAGAGGACUUUGGACCACUGAGCAGGUUAUGUCCAGUUCUCUUUCUCACAAGGCACUGCUGAUGUUGAUCUCAGGAAUGUGAUGGCCAUCUCGAGUUCACUUCCUUGUGACAUCAGAGUUGAUAGGAAGAAACUGUGCAUCAACUUUACAUCAAAAGCCAGUCUUUUCAUGACCUGUGGUGGUUUACCCUCCCUAGUCAGCUGUCUUUCCCAUGAUUGUCGUUGCACUUAAAGAUACAUUCAUUUUAUUCGAAUUGAUCGGGAUUACCUCCAUCUCAAAACUGUUCAAGUUAAUUCAUUAUUGACUACAAUUGAAGAAUACUUGAAAGAAAAUAAAGAUAAUACAUGGUCUAAAAUAUGAAUAUUUAUGAUGGACUUCUCUGCCCUACAUAUUACCAUGACCCUCACCUUUCGAUAACCAUCCACCCCACUUACCACCUGGAUCUAUAAUCCACACUCAAUCUUCACCCUGACCUCUUUUUUAAGGCCUGAAUCUGAAUGGACUUUUCUCUACUCUUUGGGGUUUUUCGGCCUUUGAUAAAACCGUUAUGAGAUUCAUAAAUAACACAGAUACAAGCAGUAGCAGGCAGCAGCUGCUAGCUACUCAACAGCUAUUAUUCAAGCCACAGUGACAGGGGGAGGUGGAGCCCAGACCCCCCCCUCUCCCCCGGCCACACAAACACUCACGCAUACAGAAAACACACUUGCACUAGUGUCUGCUGUCUCCUCACAAAUACUGCUCCCUUUUUCUCUCUUCCAAGCAUGCUCAGUCUGUCUUUUUCUUGGAUAUAUAUAUACGCUUAGUUACACACAUCUGCUCUGUCCCCUUUCACACACACACACACACAUAAAUCCCUCCUCCGCUUUCCCCCACUCCACACACAAAAAAUUUACACUCUUUUUGUCUUUUUGUCUCCCACAUGCACACACACAACAUCUCGUCUCCCAUUUUCUCGCAGUCUCGCUCCUCUCUCUCUCUCUCUCUCUCUCUCUCUCUCUCUCUCUCUCUCUGACACACACGCACACACCCCUCCUCCCCGUGUCAGUGCAAAGUAGAGCGAGAGCAAGGAACCGCACGUCCCUUUUUAUCGUCCGCUGACUUGUUCAGUCGUCUUGCAAACGGGAGGGAAAAGGAGAGAGGGUUUUUUUUUUUUUUCCCAGUCGCCUCCAUCCUCACCAGGGUCUGCCCGUCCGUUGAGGCAAAGUGACACAAACGAGGGAGUCAGGGAGAUAACGAGUGGGAGGACUCUCGCUCCAUUUGCCGGUCUUUGAACAAGCGGGGUAACAUUGGAGAGAGGGGGACAGGAGGAGAGGGAAGGAAGGAGGCGCCAUGGGUCAACUGUGCUGCUUCCCGUUCUCUCAGGCAGAGGAGAAAAUCAGUGAGUGUCUCCUGCUCCUGGCUUCAUGUGUGGGUGUUUGUGUUGUUGGAGAAACCAAUUGGAUUGAUGUACUCAGUGGUGCUGUCUAUUCAGAGGCACCGUGUGCAUGCAGAGUAGGGAUAUACUGUACACUGUGUGUGUGUGUGGCUUUGUGUCAGCUGUCUGUGUGUCUUUUCACAGCAACAUCCCUGAUUCUCUGUGACCUACAGAUAAGCAAGGAGGGGUUUUGCGAUCAUGCAUAUCCUCUCGUGUUAUAAUAUUGGAUUCAUUUAUAGAGUGACAGUCAUAUUCCUGCUGUAAACUCUUAAUUCAUCCAUCCUUCUUUGGCAGCUCAGUCUGGCUGGUGAUUUAUGAGCUUCUGCAACAAGAUGAAAUUGUUGCCUUGUUAGGAGUUACUCAUGAGUGUCCCUACAGUCUUCUUACUGCAAAUACUGUCAGAACUAAACUGAAAUCGUCUUCUUUCACCUCGCACUAAAGAUAUCUGACACUACUCUUAGAUGUUAAAACACUAAGAGAUGUUUGGAGGUCAUGCGCCUGUGCUGUAACAUUAGUUUGGGUGUGCUAACUUGCACUUUCAUUUUCUUCCUCGCUGGAUUUUUAAUUCAAUGCUGAGUGGCUAAAAACCUCGAAGAAGGCUGUGAAGUGAAUGUAAAUCCAUGAUCCGUACGUGCAACAAAUUGACUCAUAAAUCAAAAUGUCACUGCAUUAUUAAACCUUCAAUCGGGCAUCUUUGGUUUUCAGAUACCUGUAUUUUUGAAGUCUUGGACAGAUUGAUAUUUAUGAUACAAUAUGAGAAGAUAGGAUUGACCUUUUGGGGGAAUUUGUAUUGGUCUCAAGACCUGCACAUACAUCCAGUGAUUCGACUCUGCUAUAGAUUUAUGUGCUGGCAUUACAAUCAGUGCAUCAUUACACGAGUUGUUGUUGAUAAGGUUUCCAUGCAACUGUGUGUGCCAUGAACUUUGGCAGCCAAAGCUGAGCAGACCAUGCUGAAAUCGGAGCUAGCAAAUGAUAAAAAUCACUGAGCAUAUACCCACUGAUGAAGUGGCAGUCACUCUCAAAGUUUGAAGCCAUCCAGCUCAAACAAGGGUAUUUUGCAAAGUGCCCACCAUAGUUUUGGUUCAGUGCUACCAAGCAGAACUGUCACAGUCGGCACAGUCCACCAACCCGCAAUCUCAGAACCCUUUGGCAAUCAUCCGACCAAUACAUUUCCUCUGGGAGUGACAGCCAACUUUUGGGGUUCUUGCUGGACGAAGCAGUUGGCAGUAGAGGACUUCCUGUCUGGUAUACGGUCCAAAGAGCAGCUUUAAAAAAGUGAGAAUUGAUUUAGCGUUGAGUUUGGUGUCUGUUUUGAAGACAUUAACUCGGAUUUACUUUUACUCAGCAACAACUGAUCCAGCUGCACUCUUAUUAACAGUAGGAUAAAGUCAUGUCUUUGUUUGUAUUUUACAGCUUAGUGAUUGCUGUUGUGGCCUUCGAGCUAAGAGAUCCUAUAUGGAAAUAUGCACACCUAGAUAAUUUGCUUCGAUCAUCAUUUCCAAGGGUUUUUUAUUCCUGGGUUAUAGAUGGUUAAUUUGUGAUCAUUUUAGAAGUCAAACCACUGGACAUAAGAUAAUUCCUACCUCAAUGUUUUUACAUCAUCUAAGAUUGGACUCAAGUUAUUCUCUAAACUAGAAGCUAUAACAAAAAAAUAACAUGGUAAUACAAGUACAGCUUCACCAGAUUAAUGUGAAAACAGCCUUCUAGUGUUAAAUUCUGCACAUUUUUCUGCUCAGGCUUCACAGUUUAGUGACAAUAAGCAUAACACAUUUCUGAGUGGACGAGGGGGGGGACCUUUGACUUGUGAACAGCUCCUCGUGGAUUAUCACACCACUCUACUUCGACCAUGUGCAACAGAUAAGCCAGAUAACUCCACAUCUAGGAUCAACCACGACAUUCUCUGGAUGACUGCGGUCUGGCAUUCACUCUUAUCUAACACGUGUGGUUGCAGCACAUCAGCAGUCAGUUAGGGUGAUUAAACAUUUGAUAAACAAAUAGUAGAAAAUUUCCACAAAGGUUGAAGCAAAGUAGCUGCUCUGAUUUAGCUAACGUAGUAUGAAAUGAGGUCUAGUGGAUGAUUACUGGUGCAGCGUGUGGUUUGAUUACAUCUGUAAGACGCCGUUCUCUCUCUCAUUGUCAGCUUUAAUUUGGUUUUGGUGCUUUACAAUUUGAUGGAGAAGAGUUUUUUCAAGCCUGCAAUUAUUUUUAAAGUCUAUCAUCAUUUCAGGGGGAUUUCCAGUAGGGUUGAGCGAUAAGUUAUUGUUCACGAUUUAUUGUCAGAGAAAUCCUCCAUGAUAAAUAUUUGCCAUCUCAUGAUAAAUACGAUAAAUGCAAGUUUGAUGACCUAAGAGUGAGAGAUUGACUCUUAGCCAUAGCCCACAUAGAGCAGAAUAACAAACAAAUAUGGCUGAAGGUGGUGAAGAGGACGCUUCUGAGCAGCUCGUUACUAAAUGAGGCUCCACAUGAGGGAUUUCCUUCAAGAUUGGGGCUUAUAUGUUUUCAACAAAUGUUGAAAAUGUUUUCACAUUUGAGACUUGUUUGAUGUCAUUUGUUUUGUCAAUAACCAAACACUCAAACUUGCGAUUAAGUAUCUUAUUUGACUAAUCCAACUGGAAUUCUGAAGACAAAAUGAGUCAAGAAUAUAAAUUGGAAUUAUGAUAUUUUUUAUCUGGAUUUUUAUCGUUAUCGCCAGAAUGGCAAAUCGAUACAGCACAGUAUUGCGAUAUUUUGUUUGGUGAUAUAUCGUAUCGUCUCAUUUACCAAAUACAGAUUUUUCAAAUUAAUUGCUAAUAUGAAGUAAAAUCUAUGCUAAUGGAAAAAUAAAAUCAAUUGUCGAGUGAAGUUGGCAGAGGUGAUAUAGAGUAGGAGAAAGCUAGUAAGACAAAUGUAUAUGUAAGAUUUGCAAGAUGUGCUACAUGAAAAUAAAAUACAGCAUAAAUGAGACAAACAUAAAGGAAAGCCAAAUACUAAAUUAGCAAAACAGCUGAAAAAUUGUAUGAAUUGCAGUAUAUUAUAUUGUAAUACUCACUGUUUCGCAAAAUGUUAAAAAAUCGCAAUAAUAUCGUAUCGUGAUAACUUUGUAACUAGUGGUUCCCACCCCUACCCAUAUUGCCCAUCCCUAAUUUCCACUCACACAGACUCAAACUAAUCUACAUCACUGAGUAUCAAUUUAUCUGUUACCUGUUCAGCAAAAUAUUAAAAUCAGACUCAUAAGAAAGAAACAUAAGUGACUUAUUAUCGCCACCACCUACCUAAAGGUUUAAUGAUUAAACAUUAUCACAAAGUCCUAAAAUCAUCCUGUGAUUUAUGGCUCAUACAGCAUACUUAUGUGCUGCACAUAAGGUCUCUAUCACACGCGUCAUCCAGUCAUAAAUUCAGACUUUGACACCAGUCGAAGGCCAGUUCUAAAAAAAACACUAGUGGUGAGUGUGUGGGUGAAUUUGUGCUCCUUUAUAGCACUGCACUGAUAAAGACAGAACAUUUUAACUGCAGCUUCUCCACAUAUUUUCAUGUGCACUAUCUUCCUCCUCCUCCCUGUUUCUCUUCCUUCCCCCUGUGUUUUUUCUCCAUGUCCCUCUCUCUCUCUCUCUCUCUCUUCCCCUUGCUUGCAGCUGCACUGAUAUAAACUGUGGAGCUACUGUGCCCUAGUUCUGAGCAGAGCUAGAGAUAGAGGGAGAGAGGGGAAAGAGCGAUGCAGAGAAAGAAGACUAAUGUGGGGAAAAAGAGAGAGGCAGGAAUGGGCGUAAAGAAGAACGAUGAAUUCAAGACAAAGAAAGUUGAGGGAGCUGGAGGAAUGAGCUUAGGUUAGGCGCCUCUCCUGGGAUGUGGUACCAGUCGCCCUCGCGAGCGCGGCAAGAUGUGGGGGUGUGCAGUUAGUGAAUUCAACCAUGACCGAUACGACAAGGUGUCACACAGUGGUGUUUGCUGUCACCGCAGGUGCUACACUCGCCCAGACUCACACACAGCCUGUCACAGCAGACUAUUUCAGACGCACAUGCACUUACAUAUACCCCCAUACAAAUAUUGUCUUUGUAUGAAAUAGAGAUGCACCAAUCCAUUUUUUUUCCAAUCCAAUCCAAUCCAAUAUCCGAUACCUGGGCCGAGCGAACCGGCCAAUAUCCGAUACCGAUCCAAUACUACUGUUGAAUGAAUGAACUGUAUACCUUUCCCUGUGAGUGAAGGCAUCAAGCUUGAGACUAGCCUUGUUAAAAAAAAUAACAAGUUAACAAAUAUAAAGUUACUUUUUAUUUAUUAACAAAUAACAAAUUUCACAUUAGCACACAGCAAAAAGAAGUAAGACUUCCAUCUGUUAAAAAAUAAAUUAAUGAAAAGAAAUAGAAACUGAAUUGAAAUGCUGUAUCGCCAUCAUUCAUCCGAUAUUCGAUCAAGUUAAUUUGUCAGUAUCAGAACCGAUAUCCAAUCCAAAUAUCGGAAACACAUAAAACUGAUAAAUUGUGCUUGCAGGAUGAGGUUCAUGCUUGACCUUUUCAGACUUUUUCCGGCCUGCACAUACAGUAGUUCAUGUAGAUGUGUGAUCACAGCAGUCACAGGAACUUUCACAUGGAGUGAGCACUUCACAUUGAUCUGAGUUUAUCUGCUUCUAGUUAUUUACUGAUUGCCUCAACCUUAAAGAUAGAAACCCAGUUCUAUUCAGGACCCACUUUCCCUUAUUUUAGAGCCCAAAAAUCAGAUAGUGUUGUGGGUUCGACAAGAUAACAGACCCAGAGGAAAAGACAGCCGAGCCAAAGUGCACUUUCUAAUUAAUUUACUUUAUCGGCUACCCUUUAAAAAAAAUAAAGGCUGAUACAGAUAGUUGACCAAAUGCCAAAUGUCGGCCCUAUCAGCCAAUUCCACUAUCCAGUCUGCCCCUAAUUUGGUUGAUUGCUAAUCCUGUUUCUGAUGUGUUUUUCAUUCCCUUUUAGUAAAUCUUUUUUUCGUUUUUCGUUUUAAGCCAGGAAGUUUGAUGCACAACAAUCACUGCAUGUGCUCCUCUUUAUAAAAUAGCUACAGAAUGCGUGUCUCUGAGAAGGUGUUACACUCGCACGCUCCUGACAUUUUCUCUCACAUUUGACCUUGACACCGGAUAGCACCAACACUUUUCAUGCCAGUGUGUUUUCAACAGUUUUGACUUUUCCUGCCCAAACAGAUCAACUCCUCUUAGUACUAAAUAUCCAGCUUUAAGCUAAUGCAACACAACAGUUUCAUACAGUUUAGGUUACUGACCUCUAUUAAUGGACGUUUAUUUGCUUGAGGCAAAUGCUUCUCGACAGUCGAAAUACCUCUCCAUAUCCUCUCAUACAGAUAACAGGUUUUUUACAGUGAAUCUGUUUUUUAAUUCACAUGUCGAGUGUGCCACUAUUCUCUUUAAAUGAAUAUGGAACCAAACAGCACCAUUUCUUCCAAAGCGUUGUUAUGAUUUGCACUAAACCUUUAGUUCAACUCUCGCUACGAUGCACUUUACCCCUGUAAUGACUCAGAGACAGGCAGCUUUACCUCUCGCAUAGUGACACAGCUUGAAGGGAUAAGCCUGAAUGGAGGGUGACUCGCCCUCUGCAUGAGCCGCUCACCUGCGUUUAUCUACAGGGUAGCAACUGGGAAAAAAAAAUGACCUUGGCAAGAGGAGAAGAGUGUGUCCUUUUAGCUCCUUAGAGCUCCUUUUUGCCGCAGUUGCAACAACAAGAGAAAGUUUUAGUAAUGUAGCGUCUUAUGUGUGACAGGUUAAAAGAUACGAGCACAAAGGGAGUGCUGGCAGAGGCAGCAGAGACCACAUGUGAGGAGGAGGGAGAGCAGAGCUGCGAGGAAGAGGAGGGGAGGAGAGGAUGCACGUAGAGCUGCUUAAUUCAUCCCUUUUUCUCCCAUUGAUUCCCCUCUGCCAGCUUCCCUUCUUUCAGUAUAGCACCUCUCCGUGUCAACUCUUUCUUUCACCAUCUCUGACCAGGAAAUGCAAAGAAACCUUGAUUUUCAGAGCAUGAACAAAGGGUGUAAAUAUUUCAGAGGUCUGCAUGCAUAUGCGUAAAUGUGGAUGUGACAGCAAAAUGCAGCUCAGUGAGCUCGAUCGCUGAGCAGAAAAUGGCAAACUUGUGCAGAGAAAGACGACACAGCUUGGAGGAAAGGGGAGGAGAAACAGAUAUUUUUUAAUGAGGAGAUAUUAUAGAAUUUUUUUUCUUCCAGUGCUAAAAUCAGUAAGAAACAUUAACCAUCUUGACAGUGCUCAGCGCUAAGUUUCAGUAUUGUUUUUACUCAACUAGCCUUAGAGGAACAAUCAUGUGAUUUCUUGGGUAUCUUCCUCCUAGCCACCUCCUGAAACCACAACAUAUCACAUUUAGUCACAGCAGGUCUGUACAGAGCUGAACUGAGAGCGUAAAGUCAUGCCUUGUUUUGCUUUUGUAAGGUUAGCGAACAGCCUGAGAUGUGACCUGGAGAAAAAGAGAAAAAAAGGGGCUAAUCAAAUAUGUUUUACAGCCCUUUGUCCUCCCACUCUUGAAAUAUCAGGGGCUUUUUUUUUUUUUCAUCUUCUAUCCGCCGGUGGUGAAAGAUUUGUCCAGCUGCACCACUUCAAUGUUUCCACUCAUAUUAACAUCUCUGAGCCUCAUGUUGGUAGCUCUUUUUGUCUAAAACUUGUUUAUGUCUUUAGUCUAGACUGAAUUAUGUUGAGACCUUAAAAUUAGGUGAGGACAAUCAUCGUCUUCAUAAGAUAAAGCUGGUCAAGUUUGCAAAUCAAAACUUGAAUUCCUUAAUGAACAACUUGGCAACUCUUUGAUUUGUAUUGAAAUAUUUCCUGAACACCUAACCUCGAUCCCCACAUUCCUCAAUCUGCUCUCCCCACUCAUGCUUUUUGAAGGAUGCUUUGUAAUCAGGGAUGUGUGUUAAGACUUCAUUAUCAAACAUCGUCACCUUUACUACUUUACACCACAAUUACGACUCAAAUAAUCAGGUUCCUCAGACUCAGUGUGAAUUAGAUACCAUUCUGAUCAACUCAAUGCCGCGCUUAACCACUGUAGAUUCACUCAUGUAUUAUAUGCUUUGGUUGAUCAUCAGUCUUUAGGAGACAUCGUUGUUACUCUCUUAUUCACAAAGACCUUGAGAUCUCGCCGUUUCCUCAUGUUCUUUCUUGUGUUUUUUUUCGCUGCCUGACAACAAUCACAUCCAACAGUUUUCUCUGUGCUGCUUUGUUGUUCAGUAGAUGUAACAUAAGAAAUGAACUUAAGUUGGCGUACAUUGAUUUCAUUUAUCAUAUGGACCCUAAAUAUAAGACGACUUCCACCAAACAAUUUGUCCAAUAAUUUCGUGUCUGCCGGAAAACUGCGAGUGAAACCAGCAGUCACCAGAAAAUACCAGCAAAUGUCAACUCUCAUCUUUAGGCUGUACUUUGGUGUCAAAAAAAUUAAAUAAAAGUCGAUUUUGGAUGUGUGUUGGUAGGCUAUGGUCUCAUGUCCCUUUAAGACACUGUCCUACAGUACAGGCCAAAAGUUUGGACACACCUUCUCAUUCAAUGCAUUUUCUUUGUUUUCAUUACUAUUUAAAUUAUAGAUUCUCAAAACUAUGAAUGAACACAUGUGGAAUCAUGUGCUUAAGAAAAAAGUGUGAAAUAACUGAAACCAUGUUUUAUAUUUUAGAUUUCUCAAAGUAGCCACCCUUUGCUUUUUUGAUAGCGCUGCAAACUUUAGCUGUUCUCUCAAUGAGCUUCAUGAGGUAGUCACCUGAAAUGGUUUUUACUUCACAGGAGUGCCUGAAGUAACCCUGACAAGGUACUUCUGUCAUCAAGAGCAAAGGGUGGCUAUUUUAAAGAAACUAGAAUAUAAAACAUGUUUUCAGUUAUUUCACACUUUUUUUAUAAGUACAAAAUUCUACAUGUGUUCAUUCAUAGUUUUAAUGCCUUCACUGAUAAUCUACAAUGUAAAUAUUCAUAUAAAAAAAUAAAGAAAAGACAUUGAAUGAGAGGGUGUGUCCAAACUUUUGGCCUGUACUGUAUGUCAAAGAUGUGACUCCACCCCAUCCAGUCCAUAACAAAGAGGCAAAGACAGGUGAGGAGAUGGAGGACGGUUCAAAAGUUGUGGCAGCGGCUGAAGUAGACAAAGUUAAUGUGGGAGGGAGUGAGCAGCUUGUGGAGUAGUUAUUGUCCAUUUAUCACGAUCGAGGUGAACUGCUCAAUAUAUCGUGAUAUUGAUUUGAGGCCAUAUCGCCCAGCUCUAGUCUUAGCAUCAACAUUAUACAGGCAAGAUGUAUUGCUAUCAAAAUUCUUGCUAUUUCACGUCCUCACACAGCCUUAAUUCCUCCGUAAUUCCCAUCAUUCUCAUCAUUUUACUUUGAAGGCUUGAGUGUGAAAAAAAGCUUUGACAAAUUUCAACCCUCAAUGGAUGAAUUUAUCAGCUACCAAACUGUCAAUUAGCGCUCUAGUGGAGGGGGACAGACUCAUCCACUUCGAGGCACCAAAACCCUGCAUGCCAUUGUUCCGGCACAAAGGAGAGAUUGUCAGAAAUGUAAUUAUUUUCCUCUGUAGCAGAAUUUAAAAAAUGUAGGAAAAUUAGGCCACAUUCCAAGGAGGAUGUCGAAAAAAUCAUCUAUUCUCCAGCUUAUUCAUGCAUGUCCUUCUGAUGCACCUGUUUCCUCAAGUAAUGCAAUUUUUAUUUCUCAAAAGGAUUUUCACAGCAAGUCCCCAACUCGAAUGAAACUAUCAAGGAUACAGCAAUAAACUUGUAAAUGUUGUUAACAAGGCAGAGUCUAUGGCAUUUCCUCAGGAAACUACUCCACCAUCAGCUCUCUGCAGCCUCUGAAUAACCCUUGUUGCGUGUCUUACUUCUUCUAUGUCCUUCCUCAUGUUUCCCCCUCACCCUGCCUAUCUGUCCUUAAAUGCCCCCUUUUACUUAGAGUUCCUCCCUAUUUGAGAAACUCAUUGAGAAACAGCACCAGUGCAGUCUACCCCUUCAUUUUGUCCCACUUCUCCUCUGUGGUUUGCUUUGUUUUCUUGUCUGUUAUGCUGCAAUUUUAGGAAAUCAGUAUUCUGGAUUGAGAAUGAGUUCAUCACAGCAGUGGACCGCUAACCUGCAUGUAAACAUGGCCUGUAAUGAGAUCUGUUAGUUUGCAGGAAAGUUUCAAGUUAGGAUGUUGAAAGGUUGUUACACAGCACAGAGAAAACCACAGCAGAGCAUUGCCAAGGAGAGAGCAAAGCCAAGAACAGCAGAGCAGAGCAGAGAGAUUACAGUGAGAAUGAAAUGUAAACAGAGCUAACCGUCGUAGAUCCACACUUGUUAAUAGACAUUUAACAGACUCCUCGCUCACAGACAUUACACUUAAAAUCCUCUAAAACAGCAUCUGUACGCCAACAAUCUUUAAAACAACUGAGUGAGUAGAGGAACUGCAACAUAUUUUUAGACACACUGGAAACAGAGACAGAGGAAGCCAAACUAGAAACCUUUAACACACCAAGUUUAUUGCCAACAACAGCGCUGUUGCACCACUCCAACCCCUGAAAUUGUAUUUGAGGAAGCAACCCACUCCGACUGUUUAUUUUGUACAACUUAAAGUGUUCUUAGUGGUCUUUAAAUUGUGCGGGUUUUAGCCAAAAUCACAAUACCUUUGUCAUUUUCAAGGGCUUUUCUUCUGCAGAGCUCCAGUAGCUCAUUAGUAAUUUGCCUGCACACUCCUCUUUACACUAGCUUGUAGCCUAACAUUGCAGGUGCAGUAGAAGUGACAGGUAAUAUAGGAGCUAUUCAACGCUCAAACACUAAUAUCUUUGGGGGUAUGAUGAAAACUAAUAUAACUAGCUUUCUUACGAUAAUUGCAAUCCUUGCAAGAUGCUUGUUCCAGGGUCUGGCCUGCAGAGCGGGGGCUCGGGGGGCGGAGCUUGAAAUUGUGAUGUAGAAAAUCCUACUGUGUCUGGUUCACAGCGCUUUAAAUGCAUAAAUACUCAGAAAUGCAAUUUUGCACUUAGUUUUCUCAUGAUGCGUCCUCUAGCAUCAGAAAAAUGCCUUAUGAACAUAAAAACAAAAGAAACAUGAUUUUCAUCGGAGUGGGUCUUUGUUAAUCGAAGUUAUUCCUCAUUUGUAUAGUACUGGAGAUUCCAACUGGUACACAUGAGUUGCCUUCUUUUACAAACAUGGGAAGUAUUAAGACUAUUACACACAUAAUUACCAUCAGCUGAAUGUCUGCUAUCCACCAGCUUGUUGCCUACUUGACUCAGUUAAAGCGAAUAAUUCUGAUCGUAGUGUAAGCUUUAUUUGCAUUUGGAUGUCACAUGUUAUGUGGGAUAGAAAUUGCAUAAUCUUUAAUGUGGCCCUAAUGCUUCGCCAUAGUCUUUCAUUACGCUUGCUGAAAUUUCCAUGAAUUACACUCAUUUAACAGGUUGUGACGUUGAUUUAGAUGUUUCUAAUAUCAGGAGCAGGGUCAUAAUGUUUGGCGAUUGUUUGUUUUGCCGAUUCAUGCAGUUUACAGGACAACAGCUCCUUGUCAUUUUCUCUCUCCGUUGACUCCGCUAGUAAACAAAUAAUAAAUGUCCCACUUUCUGCCCCAAGGCUGCGCGUGCAUACCUGCGAUGACGUUGCACAGAAACCCGUCUAUUGGACACUGUGUUCGUUAUAUUGUCAACUUGAAUAUAUCUCAAAUGAAGCCAGUGUAGGAUUGAGAAAACACUGAUUUGGACACAGCCUUUAGAUUACACAUCACUGCUAUCAGAACUUUCAUCUGCUGAGUUGCAAUAAAUGGCGAAAACACUGAUUUGGACACAGCCUUUAGAUUACACAUCACUGCUAUCAGAACUUUCAUCUGCUGAGUUGCAAUAAAUGGCCGUAAACAAUGAGAUCUAUCAAUAUUUACAGCUUUACUAAUACUAGAAGUCUUCAACUCGAAGCCCUAAGGGUGUCUGUAAACACUGCAGUGCUGUGAGCCAAGUGUUAUCAUUGACAUGCUAUCAUGCUAACAGUUAGCAAUGCUGUAUUUGUAACUUUUAUUAAUAAUAAUGUCAAUAAUGAAGGCAAAACACUUCAAUACUCACUGGGAAUUAAAAGACAAUUCAUCUUUUAGUUGAUUAAUCAUAUAGUUGAUUAAUUUGCACACAGAGAAAGACCCAUUAAGUGACUGUCGCUGUAGAUAUGCUAGAUUGAUAUGACAGAGAAGAUUAAAAUCUAGAUAUGCUCAUGUCACCUUGCAGAAAAUUGGUCUUGACAUAAUUUUUGCUCAUUUUUUCACAGAUGUUCUGCCACACUAUUUGACCUGCAGCUUUGCUUUCUUUUUGUGUUAUUUCCCAGUGGUUAGCAAACAGCUCUCAGAUGCUACUGCAUCAGGCAUAUGUAUUUCAUUAUGAAUAGGGAUUUGGAAAAGUAACUGAGUGAGAAAACCAUAUUUCCAAGAUAUGAUAAUAAACAAACAUGCUUUUAAUCAAUAAUAUAUUUUAAAAAAAAUCACAAUUUACAUUAGAAUUUUGUUAUUAAUUGACCAAACUUCGUUUCAGUUAUGUCAGUUUGUGAGUUUUUGCUAUUAAGCACGUUCCCAAUCUCAAAACCUAUCAUUAAUCAUUUCCCACUUUGAAGUAAUUUGAGAAUAAACCAGUAUUAUGCAAAUUACUUCAGCCAAGACAUCCUUUUUAAUUACUGCAAUUAUGUCUACAAUGUAAACGCUGUCAUUUCGGUCUAUUGUAGCCAUUAGGAUGAAGCCUGUUCAUACUCUACUUUUGCUUACCUCAGGAGUAUGAGUAAAGAAACCUUGUUGUUAUGCUGUACUUACAAUUUGAAGAAAUUACAAUCACAAUGCAGACUAGCCAGGAAAUGCGGCUGCUGAUGAGCUUUUGUUACACAGCGUGGAGCCGAAUCGUGUCUGAAGGUGAUAUUUUGAUCUAGGACAGUUUGCACUUACUUGAAAAUAUCAGUUUAAAGAGACGAGUGAGUUAUUGUUAGAUUAUUGUGAGAACGGUUUGCAAUUCUGUAUGCUUUUGCUUCCCAGCACUGAUUGUUUGUUCUGCAUAAGCCAGAGCUUGCUGGUACAUGAUUGGGCUAAAGCUGUGAAGACAGUUAUGAAUUAUGAUCAGUUUUGCAGGUUUUGCACAGGAAGAAAAGAAAAUGAUACAAUCAUCAGAUUGUUCUUGAAGUAGAUUUCUGCUUCCCUGUAGUGAUUUUGUUUGUCUUCUAUUGGUGAUAAAAGAUGUGACAAGCCAACAAGUCUGUCGUUGUUUGAUAAAUCAAGUAACUGAUUGCUUCAGGGGCUUUUAUCGGCAGAUUGAGCUGUAAGAGAAAUGCUGCAGUCUGGACCAAUCAACAUGUAACAACUAGAACAGUGCAAAACACAACCUAGCAUAGUUUUCUUGUUGGACAGAAGACAAGACUUUCUGCGCUGAUCUCAUUACCACUACAGGUUUAACAAGAAUCUACUAAUUGGCUUUGUUUGCUGCAUGUGGGCUAAGAGGUUUAGUUUGGCUGCGUUUGAAUUAACUACACUGUGAGAGUGAGACACAGUGAAAGAAAUAUAACGUCAAAUAUUUUCUGUCAAAUAGGCGCUUCUGUAUUUUAAGCUCUUAGCUCAGCGACAGCUUCUUCUCCCGCUGGUUUUCUCUUCCUGUUUUCGACAUACAGAAUCCCGAGACAGAGAGGGAGACAUGAAAAGUGAUACUGGAAAAAACGGGUCUCGAGACUCACCAAUCAAUAUAUGUAGGAAAGUUGAGCCGGGGAGAAAGACGCAGAGAGGCGGAGACGUGAGACAGAAGGGAACGAGGGAGGAGAUAAGAAGGUUGAGUGUGAAGAAAAAGUCAAAUAAACGUGAAAGAAGGACGAUGAUACUUGAAAACGAGACGGAAUGAAACCUGAUGGAAGUCAGUACAAUCUCCUGUGCUGUUAAAAGUUGAAGAGCCUGUCUGGUUCUCAGCCCGUCACCAUGACAACGCUGCUGGCAAAAAGAGAGAGAGGGAAAGAGAGAUAGAAAGACGGCGAUUGAAUAGGAGAAAUAAACACCGAAAAAAGGUGGAGAAGAACUCUAGGAUGUUAAAGCUCUGAAGAAGUGUGUGCACAUGUGUUGGAUAUGUUGGAGUGCGUGAGACGGUAUCUUUGGGUCUGUCAGCCUCUGUCAGUAGCAAUGAAAUCAGUCAGCUUAUCAGUGUGUGUGUAAGGGGUACAAAGGGCAGCUUUAUGGCCACCAUCAGAAAGGCCUUCAUUUGGUCAGGCCAAGAUUGAAUAGGCUGAUAGCAACUCUCGCCCAUCAUAACACGCACCUCUUUAAAAAGAGCCGCACAGACACCAAACAGACCUUUGACAAGCUGAGGUGUGUUUAUGUCGGGGAAAACUCAUCAGCCAGUACAAUGGAGGAAAAAAAUGGGGGAGGUAGACGUCAUGUGCCAUCAAUCUUUUCAUCGUAAAACCAUCCAAGCGUUCUUUUUAUAGAGCUCUGCCUCGUCUCAAACGAACAUUUCUGCCUCUUUGCGUUUCAUUUUGGUCUUCUCUGUGAAACGUUGAAAAAAAUGAUGUUUCUGACCAAAUCUAACAGUUUAUUUAACAAGAUUUAUUCAGUGGUUGAUGUGAAGGUUACACAGUUCUUCUGAGUGGGGAUGAUUUAAUCCAAACAAAGGUUAAAGUUCCCCCCCGAUCAUUUUUUUAACUAUUUAAAGUGUUCUUGGUGGUCUUUAAAUUGUGAUAAUACAAAAAAUCACAUUACCUGUGUCAUUUUCAAUGGCUUUUCUUCUGCAGAGCUCUCGUAGAUCAUUAGCUUCUAAGUCGUGGGCAGAGACACGUCUUCACACGUCUUCACGUUAGCUUGCAGCAGGGGCGGACUGGGACCAUAAUUCAGGCCAAGAGUUUGACUCCAUCCAGGCCAGGCCAAUACACACUGACGCAGAAAUGCCGACACCGGAGUAAAGUUUUGAUCAUUUGAAGCAAGAUUUAGUGAAUGUAAUGCUAAUAUGAAGAAUUCAACAUUGGCAACAUAACUGCAAAUUAAAUAUGAAGUAAUUUGACAGGUGCUUUAUAGCCUACUGAACUAGAUUUUACAGAAAGAUAUUUGUCAUGGUUAUAAAAACUCCAUAUUAGUCAUGCCUUUAACCAUUUAACUAAUUUAAACUAAGAAUGUAGUCUACCACAUCGCUCUUGUAUUAUAAUAAAAUGUUGUUUAGAAAAAGUCAAAGUUCUCGAGAGGCAUAAAACUUGGAUUAGCAUGCACCGCUAGCAUCGUAGCCGUCUCGGUGUCGGUCAGCGACCUUAUUAAACUCAAACAAUGACAUCUUAGAGCGACAGCAUGAAAAACACUUUGCCUUUUGACGUUGCCUCAGGGGGAGGAGGAGAAAGAAACACGCAACGCCAGGCCAGUGGGAAUCGGCCUGGUGAUCCCGAUGGUCCAGUCCACCACUGGCUUGCAGCCUAACAUUGCCGGUGUAGUUGAAGUAGCAGGUAACAUAGGAGCUAUUCAGCUCUCGGACACUAAUGUCUUUAGGGACACGAUGAAAGCUAAUUUCAUAAUUAGCUUUCUUACAAGCACACGCUUGUUCCGCGAUCGUCCUCUGUAUUUCUCCUCUAAAUGCAGAGUGUGGCCUGCAUAGCGGGGGUGGAGCUUGGAUUGGUUAUGUAUGAACUCUCACUGUUUCUGAACCUGCCGUUUGGGUCUGCCAGAGAUUCACAGCGAUUUGAAUGAAGAAAUACUCAGAAAAGUAAUUUCACAUUAAGUUCAAAAAAAUGCCACAUGAACAUAUAAAAAACAAGAAAAACAUGAUUGUCAUUGGAGUGGGUCUUCAAAAGGAAAAAUCACAAUUCUAAACGAUCUCAAAACAGUCGUCUGCCAUCAGUUAAUAAUUCUAUCAUUUAUGCGUCCACAGUCUAGUCUCCUUUGACGACUCAGGUUAACUCAGGGAUCGAAUUCAUCAACACCACACAAGCCGUUCAUCCUCAAACAUCAGCAUUAGUCAUUGCAGUUGUUAUGAAGGGAAAAGGGAGUGUGAGGCCUACGGGGUGGAGCUUUGUAGCCUUGGUGGGAGUAGUACAAGCAGGCAGAAUGUGAUGCAUGUGACAGACUUGUGAUUUAACACAAUCUAAAGACUUGUGUAAUCUGUGUAGCCAGCACCCUGCCAACAGUACACACCUGGUCUUAUAUUCUCAUCAGAUUAUCGUGCAUCUGUUUUUUGGUCUCACGUAGCCCAAGAGUCCAAGUCUCAUCUCUAAAACCCCUGCUGUUUUAGCACCCGAAAGCACUCCCCUGUGUUUGUAUAUAAAGAAGCUGUUGUGAUUGUUUAGUGUGAAAUCCUCCUGACGGCCAAAAUAUCUCUCUUGGAUUUGAAUGUGUGUCCAAUUUAAGUUUCAUUUGUGUUUCAUGUGUUUUUGUUUCAGAUUUGGUUCCAAAGCCACUCCAUGCAAAGCGUUCAAGUAUGUGUCCUUUCUCACACCACAUAUCUGCAAUCAGAGUUGGAAAUAUUCCUCUAUUAACUUAAUAUGCAUGUCCAUCCUGGUGUAAUCCUUCAAAAUCAAAAUGAGGAACAAUCAGUAUGAUAUCGAUAUGAUUAUUGGUCAUAAUUAAUGCUCCCAUGAUUAUAUUGAUAACUAUAUUAAUCUUAAAAUGAAUUUUCUUUUAUUUUGAUUAUUUCCCUUUUGUUUUCUUUUAGUCAAACUGUUUUGGCUUAAUCUAGCCUUUUUUCAGGCUCUACACUUAAUUUAUGAUACCUCUUUAAAAGCUCUACAUGAUUUUCAGAUCAAAAAAGACACAUUUCUCCCGCUGGAGACCUAGAAACCCUCAUUUUUAGCCUCUGCCUGAAAUACUUAGUUUUAAACAUUUUGGGCCUCCCCUUCUGUUGUGGCCACGGGUCAGUGAGAUUUCAUGUGAUUUUCAAACUGAACUGUUUUGAGCAGUUUACCUUCCUUCAGUAUGGACACCAAACAUUUUAACUUAACAAUUCUGUAGUAAAUAUGAAAUAUCAUAAUGUACGGUGGCCGAGAACCGCCACUGCUGCAAACAAAAAAGAAUGCAAAAAAAAAAAGAAGCUACAACAGAAGUUACUGAUAAAUAAUAAAGAAACUGAAGCCCGCUUCAAAUAGAAAAAGAACCGGUGCAUAUUGAAAAAAAGAACCACAACGGAAGUUAACCAUGCAAAAAAAAGUGGCGAUGCAAAAAAUAAGAUAAAUAAAGUUACAUACUGCGAAAAUAAAAAGAUGCAAAUAAAAAAGCCACAACCGAAGUGAGCUGCCAGGGACCAAUAAAGAUGAUGCUCCGGUGUUUUACGAUCUUGGCACAGAAGACGACGGUGAAAAGACGAGCAAAUAAGUAAGUGGAAAGGUUAUUGUUUAAUUUUGCUUCGUGUCAUUUGGUAAGGCCAUGUAGCGCCGGAGUCGAUAUGAAGUUGAUCUGAAGGGUGCCGGUGUAGUGUUAGCUCCAGUUCAACUUCAUAUCGACUCAGGCUGACAUGGCCUAAACAAAUGACAUUGAGCGGAAUUAAACAAUAACUUUUCCUCUAACGUCUUUUUUUGAGUUAUUGACUUCCGUUGUGGCUUUUUUUUUUUUUCUUUUUUUAAACGGACCGUUUUUUUUUUUUUUUUUGCAGCAGGCUUUGGUUUCUUUUUUUUUUUUUCAUCUGUAACUUCCGUCAGGGCUUUUUCUUUUUCUUUUCUUUUUUUUUUGCAUUCUUUUUUAUUUGCAGCAGUAGCGGUUCUCGACAACCAUAUUAAUGCGCCCUUUUUAAGUGUAAAAGACAUUGUACAACGUGUUUCAUCUUGCUUGUUUAUAAUCUUGUUUCUGGAUCAAGAAAUUUUGAUAAGUUAGAGGAUAAGUGAACUUAAAGGCCCUGAUGAUUGAAUUAUCACAGUAACAUUAUUGAACCGUCAACACCUAGAAGUCCCAAAGUUACAGCUAAUAUAUCAUUUAACAUGUUAAACGAUUCAAAAGCCAACAUGUUAAUUACAAUGAACAUUUGUCUUCAUUUGACUGCUAAUGAUCCACAUUUCUGCUAUCAGUUUAAAUUCAUUUAUACGAAAUGAUCCCAGCAGGAGCAAUCUUCUUGUCUUGUGGGGGAAGGAAGCAGGACAGGAAGUGAUUAUGGAAAAUGGCCAUUAACCCCACUGCCUGGGUUAAAUGGCUUUCUGUUAGCAAUCAACCCCACCCUCUCUCUGUAGUUUUCUUUAGCAUGGCAGUCUCAGAAUCAGAUUCAGAGCCAAUUUCCUAACCCGUUUGAUCAAAUUAAUCAGAGUAAGAGGACAGAAAAGAAAAGAUGUUCCACAAAUAAAAAAUCCUUGAUGUAAAAUCAAACUCUACAAAGAUGCUUUCUGUACUUCACUCAAGUGGGAAACAUGCAAGGUUCUUCUUUCAGAAAUCAAUACAGUAUUAUAUUAAAGUCUUAUAAAAAAACUAUCUAGAAGCUCGCGUUAAAUGCAAACAUGCUACUCGAGGAUGUUCACUCUACAUGCUUUACUAUUUGUUGAGCAGGAUGUUACAGACCAGAUAAUACUGCAAGAUCUUAUGACUUAGCAUGAUGAAUGUAAACAAAGUAAGAUCGAUGAGUAGAUAGUGCAAACACAGUUGAUGCCUUUAGCAAUUUUUAACAGCAUUUAAAGCAUGUAAAAAGUAAAAUCAGACUUCUGUGGAAUUUUUUUACUGGAAAUUUUGAAUGAUUGCAUUUGAGAUUAAUAUUACUGGAAUGAAAAUAGACUCUUUCUAUGUGGAUUUUGCUCUAAAGUUGCUUGUGUAAGGUUAGUUUAUGUCUCACUAAUCGUGAUGCUUUGCUGGCUUGAAGACUGGAGUUAAAUUAGUCAAGAUAAUUUAUAAUGUAAUUAAUUUAAAGACGUCAAGCAAUGUUCUCUUCGCAGCAAGUUCGAGUGAAUAAAAUGUAUUGCUGCUUAUCAGAAAAUCUGUGUAGAUAUUAACAUAUCAAUAACAGGCCAAAAUUUGCCCUAAAAUAUUAAUAAUGUCUUUAUUUUUAUAGCACUUUUUAAAACAGAUUUACAAUUAUGACAACAUAGGGGAAAUAAAUCACAAAUCAUAGAGUUGGCUCUUAAGAUUCCCAUUAGAAGGGGUAAAAUAAAAAAUAAGCAAAAGAAAAAGAAGGGGAAAAGGAAAAAAGAUUAAUACUCUACCCAAUCAGGCUCUAGUAAAACUAAUACUGACCACAGACCUUUUUUACAUGAUACCAAUUAUUAUUCUGGCUGGCGUUUACUACAGCUGCCACCAAAUGAACUGCAUAUGUUCUUCAAAUAGUAACACAAUUGUGUUGUGUUUAUUAGAGCCUGAAGUCCUGUGACAUGACCAUACAGGAUUCCUAAAACGGUCUGGUUACACCAAAAACCCCAUUUACCCCCGUGGUUAACAAGGUAUCAGAUCUCAGCCAUGUGUAAAUCCAAUAUGUGCAAAGUUCCUGCAGUAACCUUAAUGCUCCCUGCCGACUCAACAUACGGACAAAAGGUACAAGUGUUGGCAGAGACUAACAAUUCCUCCCCCAAAGCAGUGAUUCUUGUCCGUUAACCUGGCUUAUAUAAUCUGUUAACACCUGCACUCGGAGAGUCUAAACACUCACUAAAGUAAAGGAUAACAGCUAAGGUUGAAUUUUGUAAUUUAAUUUAUUCUGAAAUGGUCAGAUACAGCUAGAAAGGUUGGUUUUGAUUGACUAGAAAUGGCCAGUAUCCCAGGAGUUCAACACAAUAGAGUCCAGAAAAGGUAGAUGUGGAGCAUAUUGAGCUGCAGGCCUGAGGGUACAAAUACCUCAUGGAACAGUGAUCAGAUGUGUGAGUCAGUCAUACUGACGGGCAGGCUGCAGCUAAUCAAAUACCAUCUCAGUCCAUCAGCAGUGUAGCUUCUCAGAAAACAAAACCCAGAAGAACAACAAAAACAUGUUUAUCUUCAAUCAAUUUGGCAAAAACGAACAAUAAAUGGGAGCCCAUGGUAACAAUGAUUGGCUGAAUGAAAACUGCACAUAUGCUGACUGACAAAUCCCGGUUUUUGUUUGUCAUGCUGUUUAGCUGGCUGAAGAUUUGGCAUGAAUAACGCAAAACCAAUCAAUGCACGAUGCAUGUGUCAACAGUACAAGCUGUGCUCUGAUGGUGAAAUAAUGCUACGUAUCCCAGGAGCUCAUAUAGGAGAUAUCAACCCAUCAAAUACGUGAAGAAUAUGAGAGAAAAAAAAGGAAAAUCAAUCAUAGAGAGCAAAUAAUUUAGCAGUAUGUCAUCAUAGGCUGAGAUUUAUGCAGACACCAGCCUUUGGAAGUGGAAUUUCUUGGAAACCGCAGGGUGUUUGCUGACAUUUCAGAGAUGUAGCAGGACUCAGAGGUUUAUCUCAGUUUGCAUACUUACUCGUGUUGUCCUAACCUCUACACUUGAAGACCCAGUAAAAUACGAGCAUCUCUUCUCAGCUCUGGAGCUUUUCCUUAAUUUGGUUUACAAGCGUGGAGGGUAAAGAGUACAUUUGCUAGAAUAGAUCUGUUUAUUCACACAUCAACACAAGGACCUCUUCAGAAAAUCAACAAUCACAAACUGCUUACCCAUCAGGCCACUACCUUCGAGGGCCCUCAGCGCAGACAUGACCUUUAACCAGCAUUGUGGGCCCACUAUAAUGAAAGUGACAUUAAUAAUUAGGGUUAUUAAUUUUAUUUUUUUUACUUUCUUUACAAUGUAUGACACAAACAUACACAUUAAGUGUCAAACGCUAGUGUUACAAAAACAAACAAUAACAGGCUGCUGGCCUAGCUUUCUGUGAGUGUGUGUGUGCCUCACAUAUAUACAUAUAUACAUAUAUACACAGGUUUAGCAUUUUGUCACCUCAAGGAUACCAUUUCAUUGGCUGUGUCUGAAACGAAUCACUCAAUCCCUAACCCCCAUAUGGAGAUUCACUAUAUAGCUGACUAUGCAAUGAGCUCAUUCACCUGAGGUUUCGGACACUACAUGGCACACUGUUGUGACAUCACUGCUCAGACUGUCGCGUCUGAAGUUGCGGCUGUUGUUUUUACAUCUCUUGAAUUUUAUGAUGUUGUAUAGAUGUAUUUGUUUUUCCAGGAUGUUUGUGAAAUAAAAUAAAUAAUAAAAAUAAAAAAUAAAUUAAUAUUUUAUUUAAAAGGCCUUAUAUUUUCAUGCAAAAUAUUGUUUGCUGCGUCAUAUUGUGCACGAGACUAUAUGAUGCAGCAAACAAUGUUUUUCAAAAAUUAUACGGAUCACUUGCCAGUGAAGUGAAGAUAAAAAACUUACGUUGAAAAUGGAAAAUAGAGCUCGGGUUCUGUCUUCUUUGUCAGACUACGCCAUCUACUGGCGAUCGAACGGCCAGUAGCUCCUCCAUUUUUUAAUUGCCUCUGGAGACGCAAUGCAUGACGGGAUGCCCACCACCGUUGAUUGACCAUCAGAUGGUCAACAAUCACUCAGGUUUCGGACACCCCUCAAAAUGGCGCUAACCCCCAUAUAGUCGCCUAUAUAGGGGUUAGGGAUCCAUUUCGGACACAGCCAAUGAUACUAAGGACUUCUGGUUUUGUUACAUUAGCUGCAGCCAUGCUUCUAUUAUCCGAUAUUUGGAUCGGAUAUCAGCUCCGAUAUUGACAAAUCAACUGGAUCCGAUAUCGGAUGAAUGACGCCGAUCCAGCGUUCCGAUCCAGUUUUUUUUUUUCCUUUUCAUUAAUUUUUCUUUUAAUACAUGGAAGUCUUAAUUCUGUUUGCUGUAUGCUAAUGUGCAAAUAGUUUUUUGUAAAUAAUUAAUAAUAAGUACAUUUAUAUCUGCGUUAAUUUGUUACUUAUUUUUUAACAAGGCUCAGUCAAGCCUGAUGCCUUUACUCACAGAGCAAGGUAUACAGAUAAGCAGAAAUUCAUUAUUUUUUAGUAUUUUUAGUAUUAUUUUACUUUAUUAUUAAUUCAGUUCAAUUCAGUUCAUUCAUUCAAUAGUAGUAUUGGAUUAGUAUCGGAUAUCGGUCAUUAUGCUCAGCCCAGGUAUCGCUAUCGGGUUGGAUCGGAAAACAAAUUGGAUCGAUGCAUCUCUAGCCUGUAUUAAGAACCUUUUAAAGGCUCUUUACCACAUUUACCACACCGAAAGGAGACUGCUUUGAAUAUCUAUAUCUAAAUAAAAUAUAACUUUAAAUCAACUUGACAUUAAUGAUAAGUUCAAUUGACAGUAAUUAUAGCAUCAGCUGGUUCUGUUAAAGGAAUUUUUUUCAUCUCCACCGUAUUUUGCUAAAUGCUGCUCAGUGUCACGCUCGUGUGGCUGAAGAUGGGAUGGGAGUGAGUCUAAUCUUUAACGCUGGCGCUAAAUCUUAUCCCAUCUUCACUCUCGGUCUUUGUAAAUAUGAUGAAAGAGUAUGGCCUGGACCAGCUUUUUGGUAUGCUUGAGAUAACAUUUGUUGUGAAUUGGCGCUAUAUGAAUAAAGAUUGAUUGAUAACACUGUUGACAGGACUUUGUGACGUGUAUCUGGAGUGUUCAUUCUAAUGCGUUCAACCACUUCAAAAAUCUUACAGGAUUCCUUGUGGAUGUGAGUUGACCUCAAAAAACAUCUGCAGCGUAGUCAGUGUGUGGCUCCUACUGGGCCUCCGCUCACACUAUAAUAAAUAAUUGAGCACUGCUGCUGUAAAAUAUAAACAAACCUAUGGGCUCUCUGGGAUAUUGAGAUGGAGAACAUUUGCCCGGGGAUUUCACUUCCAGCCGUGGUAAUCAAAUGUUAUUCAGCCACAGCAGUAAUCUUUGUGUGUCUGAAUGUGUGUGUCUGUCAGUCAGACUGGAUGGUUGAGUUGUUUUCUAUUGCACGCCGUCUCUGAAUGGUGCUGGCUGUCCAUCUAUCAGCUUGUUUUUCUACAUGAGUUAUUGACUUAAUAUCCAUCUUAGCUUCUGUUCGUCAGUCACCUUUUCUGUCUCACCCUUAGAAUCAACAUUGUAGAGGCGAGAUCUGAUAAAUAUUUACAAGGUUACACUUUUAGAUAAACUUCCAAACCCUUCUCAAGAAGAGCUGAAAAAACGAAUUGUUGACUUCAUUCAUUAUUAUCAGCUCUGUCACAUUUGAUCUAUUGUUGUCACAUCCCAUCUGUUGUUGUUGGAUUUCUCCGGAGAGUAAAUGUAUUCUCAUUUACUUAUGUCAGAAUGAUAGUUGUUUUUUUUUCUCUGUCACCCUCUGAAUGAGGUAUGAAAAUCAACCAUUGUGUUAGAUGAACAGUAAAGGCAGGUUUAGUUAUUACAACCAAAUUUAAUGUAAACUGAACAUAAUUCAAGUUUUGUCAGUUAAACAUUAUGACCACUGAUAGAUGAAGUAAAUAUCUUUAUAGAAUAGAAUACCAACUUAAAUAAAUGUAAUAAUUAAGAAAAACAAACUGUAAAAGGUGUGGGGUUUGACAAUAAAGUUCCUUAAACCUCUAAUCCUUGAAAUUAGAGGAGCAACUAAAACAAGGAACAGACUGAAAUGGUUAGACGUUUUGUACAUUUCUAAAAAAAAAUGCAAUGCCGAAGUCCGAAUUUUUUUGCAAAAACUGAGAAACUAUUUUUUGUAAACACUCUUUUUUCUUUUUCACUCAACAUUGUUAAAUUGUAACCAAUAAGUGUUCACUUUAUAAUGUUUAUUUUUUUGCGCUUUUUACUUUUGAUGCAACAUUUAACAAUAUAUUUAUUUAUUCAAUUUUAUUUCAGACCCACCCACAGGAUGGUCCAUGUCAAAAAAGUAAAUAAAAUAGAAAUAAAAAGAUAAAAUAAAAUAUUAUCAGACAUCUCUUGUUUUUCCUAAAAUGAGUAUUAAGUUGUGAUAAAUUCACUGAAAUUUUGCUGGUACUUUUUACAUCUGAAUUUUAGUAUUUCAGGGUCUUAAAAAAGUCUUAAAAAAAACAUCAAAUUAACUUUAAAAUUUGUGCAAGAACCCUGUAAUAUUUAUAUUUCAAAUCACAACAUUUUCAAAAAUUUGUACAUUCCCUCAAAGCUUCAAGCUGCACUAACAAUUAUUGAUACAAUUACAAUGGAAAACUAACAAUGUGCAAUACAGUUGUUAAUGUGUGAAAGGUUUCAUAACUCUUAUUUUCUGUAGUUUCCUCAGCUCCACACAGAGCCACAUGGUGUUUGCUGCUUUACUGCCCACAACUUUGCUGCUUUGUUAAAUCUCAAGCAGUCUUGAGCAGGAGGUUUUUGCUGCCCACCAUACUAUCUGUUCAAAAUUGAUUUGUAGACUGACAAAAAUAGCAUAGGCUAGCUACUUAAUUUGAAAGUAGGAGCAUUUAGCAGCUUACAAGCUACAAUAUCACCCUGAGAGUUGGUGGAGACCAGAAACAGCUGAAAUAGAUUCAAAGUUGAACUUGCACUUGAAAGGAAGAUGGAAAGCAGACUUGAAGUUAAUACGAAUUUGACACCAUGUUUGAAGUGUAAUUAGAUAUUGGCGUACUUUCUUGCUUCAACUUGAUCGGUUUUGUCUCAAGCUCUUCGCAUUGGGCAACAUUAGUCGAAAUAGUGUUGUGUCGUUUGCAAACGAUUUGUUCAAAAGAACCGAAUCUUUUAAGUGAACAUACUGAAUCGAAUCACUUCGGUUCUCCAAAGAAGGUCCCAGGCUCCUCCCACCACUGAAUAAUUCGAUGAACGAAUCUUUUGAACGAAUCUUUUUAGUGAACUGAUUCUAGUGAUUCAGUAGAUCUAAAAGAACUGCUGUGCCCAUCACUGAUCAAAAAGAAAGCGCUAUAAAGGUUGUCUCUUCAGAAGUUCAGUUUUUGUUGUUGUUUCUUUAGUCUUGUGUAAAAAUGUAGUUUGAAAAAAAGUCAUAAAAACAUGCAUUGUGGUAGUAUUUUUCCAUAUCCCCCUUGAUAUUGGAGUCUUAUAUUUUGUUGUUCUUGUUCACCCAGGUGGGCGUCGCCGGUCUGAACCAGAUGAGGCGGAGCUACUGAGGGUCAGCAGACGAUUGGUCGAAGAUGCUGUCAACCGCGCCUUACAACAAUACAAACAGGAAGCUCUCCAAAAUGGGGGCGGGCCUAAUGCCAUGGCUGUGAAGCCCCCUGACAAUACCGAGGAAGCUGAUGCAAAGACAGACAUUACCACAAACGCCACCACAGACAACAGGAAGUGACAUCGUCAGACUGAGGAAAACAGACUUGAAAAGCAGCCACCCAGAAAACAUCAGCCAGGCCAGGCAGACCAGGAGAAGAGUCAGUAAGCCCUGAGCACUACAGCCUGAACUGGCACAACUCGUCAGCCCAGUUCGCUGACCAGUCAACAUAGCUAGCUAGUCAUGCUAGCUAUCCGCCCAACAGAGCUAGCCUGAGACAGCGCUAGUUAAAUGUAGCUUGAGUGCAGUGCUAUGUGACUGACCCUUCAAGCUAGCUAGCUAAUCAUGCUAGCUUACAAACUGACUCCUGUACCCUACAUCCAAUGACAAAGGAUUUAAUCCCUCCAUUUCCUGCUCAGCCGUGGGUCCAAAUACACUCCUGGAGACACACACACAAACAUAGAGGUGUAGGGUUUCCUCUGGCAUGUGGCCCACUCACUGCCCUUUCAAAAUAAGAUCAAUCAUGUAUUUUGGUUUACCAUUUCUCUGAGAAUAUUUGUGUUGUUUCAUGAAGGAUUAUGCAUGUCCCUGUCUUGUGGAAGAUUCUUGAAGAUGACAUUUGAAGUUUGAACUGGAUUGUCAAAUUUUGGUUAAAAGUAGAGAGGGUUGUUCUGGUCUGUGGCUCAAAUAUUGUUUUCUUGUUUUCAUAUUGUGGCUUCAAAGCACUUACAGCUCAGUUUAAAAAUAAUCUGUAAUAAUUUAAUUUAACUUUUUCAAAGAUGUCUGCCUGCAUACCAAACUCACUUUUUGUCUGCAUCCUGAAGUGUUCCGGCAAUAGCUAUAUUUUGAGUAUUACACAUACUAUAUUUGUAUUACUGAAGGUUGUCCAGCAGGGGCAGCACUGUGACAUUCAUUCAGUGAAGAUUAUUUAAUGAGCUUUAAUUGUACUUGUUUUAUAAAGAGAAUAAGUAAUUACAAUCUCAGUCUAGACCCUUCUGCUGUUAUCGCAUUAAUUAAUGGACACUAACAGCAUAAAAGAUGCCAAGUGAAUUAAGGAGACUUAAUUAUUGAUGCUUAAAAUUAAACAAGUCAGCAACUCUGCUACAAAACACUACAUGGGGCCAGGAAUGCAUUUUUUGUCCAUUAAUGCCAAAACCUCCUCUAACAACGUCUGUUUUGUUGAGAUACAAGUAUUGGAUUAGUUACUACUCCUGCCUCUUUCAAUAUGAUUUAUUAUUUUUUUGUUUUUUUUUCUCGUUAUUUGUUUUCAGUUUACUUUAGUGAAAUGAGUUUGAAGCAGCAGCACAGUGUCAACAUGAUUUAAUCUGUUUGUCUUUUCAAUCCAUUCAUAAAUCUCUGAGUCUGGAUUACAGCCCGCCUGUUUGUUUGAGGCUCAGUAAAAUAUUGAAAGCAUUAGAGCUAAUCUGAGGGGCUUUUAUUUUGUAUUAUUGUACAUGUAAGAGCAGUUAGCCAGAUGCUAAGUCAUGGAGGUAAACUCAAAUGUCUCCUGCUGUCAGCAGAAAAACCCUCCCGCUCUUAAUUUAGUCGUCUUCCACCCAUUUAUUAUUUAUUAUUUGUGUUGUUUGAAUUAGAAAAUGAAAUUGGACUUCCCUGCUCUGCGUUUGACCCCACAGCUCAUGAAUCCACUGCAAAAACACUCUUUGGAGUUCGUAGGAAGACUUCUUUAAAACUUCACUUCUUGAAGAUGAGGUUUUCGACCAACAGCAAUGAUUAUAUCAACAGUUUUGAAAAAGAGGGUGGUUUAAACCCUGAUGUGAAAUCAUUUUUUUUUUAUUCUUUGUAGCUAGUAUUUAUAAUGCUUUGGUUAAAAAAAAGAAGACAUUUGAUUUUUAAAAGCUUUCAGUUUGCUUUUACAGGUGGGAAAAGCACAAUAUUUUGAUGAAUCACUUUUAGAAACGUCUUUGUUUUUACUUUUCAAAAGAGCAGAUAAAGAGAAAUACAUGCUGUUAAAUCAACCAACCUCUCUUCAAAGUGGCCUUAAGUCACGAAUACAAAUUGAGGUUUUGUUUCUGCGUACUUAAAUAACAAUGCAAAGGUUUGUACUUGAUGAUGAUGGCUCAUUUUACAGUAAGAUUUCCGUAAGUUUAAAAACAAAAAAAUCAGCCUGUAGCAUAAAAGUUUGAUUUUUGAAUUCAGUGUCAAAAUUGUCCACCUUUGUCGUUUCUUUGACAAUAUUCAGCAACACGAGGUUAAUGUCCUCUUGUGUGAAGAAAAUGUGCCCUCAUCUCUGAAAUCCUCUGAAGGGACUCUUUAUCCUGCAGGCUCACUGAAAUAACCGUAAGGAAGAUGAAUCCUGUCUUCAGGUGGACUUUGAACACUUUUGUCUUGAUCUCUUCUUGUCACCAGAUCCUUAAUCUCCUUGAACCCCCUUUAACUCACAAGUUGUCCUGUUUGCCUGUGUGAUUGGUCGGUUCGUUUCGUCUCUGAGUGCGUGUAUGAGAGGAAGACAGUUUUGAUGUUUGAUCAGUGGUUCCCUAGAGGAUGUCUUGUCUCUUACAAUCAUGGCAACUGGGAGCUGUGUGUGUAUGUGUGUGUGUGUGAGUGUGUGUGUUCAAAUUUGUCUUUCCAUUUGUCUGUGUGUAUAUCUGUUUGUACUGUGUUGUACAUACUGUUCUGCUACAUUUGAACAAUAAAACAGGAUAUGAAACUCAAAACCAAUAUCCUUCUUGUGGGAUUUCAGUCUGGGUGCUCAUGUUUGCUCAUGAUUAUGUGCGCUUCACCUGCACUAUUGACAUGAAGACGGUGGUAGUGUCUCAGCGGCCGUAUUUGAAAAACAAACAGUGUUUUGGUUCACCUGGAGGGGUGUGUUAUUCAAUGUACUUUGCACAAGCUUUGGGUGAACUGGGCAGUACAGUCAACAAACAGUGAGUAAAAAUAAGUCAAGCCAACGUCUCGUGAAGGUAAGCUUUAAUGCAAUCAUGGGAGACUGUUAUGUGUUUAUUUUUUGAGUUCAGAGAAUAUAGCAUCACUUGUCUGUGUAUUAUCCAUCCAUUCAAUUAUUCCAUUCAAUCUAGUAAACGAAAAACAAAAAAACGAGUAAAUAUUUUGUUUGUUUUUCUAUAUAACCAAGAAAUAAAAGGUUAGUGUUUGUUUUCGUAUUUUCAGUUCAAAACAGAAUAUAUAAUAGAGAUGGAAACGAAAACAAAAUAAUAAAUGUACUUUUCGUUUUCGGGUUAUUGAUGUCCCCAUUUGCCACGGUGCCUUUCGGAGGCGGGAUUUAUGACCUUUACUGCAGCCCGCCACCAGAGUGUGCUGUUCUCGGAGUGGCUUCACCCAGCAAGGAGGUAGACAGCGUCCAUUCUAUAUACAGUCUAUGGUUAUAACCUAAGAUUUUGGCGCUCAAACUGCUCUUUCACAUCUUCCGCCAUGGUUACUGUUGCUGAGGAUCGUGGGAAGGCCGAUGUAACCUCCAUGCACGUAUGCUCAAAACAGGCGCACUCAAAAUCAAUAAUUGUAAAUAAGAUUUAUUAUUUCGUUUUUGUUUCCUUCUCUAUUAUAUAUUCUGUUUUAAGCUGAAAAUACAAAACAAAGACUAAUUUUUUUAUUUUUUGGCUAUACAGAAAAAAAAGAAACAAAAUAUUGGCUUGUUUUUUCGAUUACUAGAUUGAAUGGAAUAAUUGAAUGGACGGAUAAUACACAGACCCUCACCCUUUUAAAAUGAUGGCCUACGUCGUCUUUUGACGAAAAUGAGUUUUUGGCCUUAAUCAUAUCUUGGUAAUACUGGCCACCCUGGCAAAAUCGCCUAAAUCCUUAGUUGAAGGGAUCAUGCCAUGAUGAUAAGUGAAUGACCAUUUUAGGUUUUAGGUUUACUACCAAACUACUGCAAAUUAAAAGUUAUAAAUUAUAAGUCAAAAUUAAAAUAACAAAAUUAGCUUAUUUCUUUUUACAACAAUAGCAUUUAUAUAAUUCGCGUGAAAUGUACUUUUAACUGUAUUUUUGCUGCUAGUUAUAGGUUUACCCAAUUCUCUUAUGGUGUUUUCUCACUGUUGCGUAUUUUCUCACUGCUGUUGCAUAUAUUAGGGAGGAAAAACUGACCAUGCACACUUGUGUGUGUGCACCGCAGGUCUUUAAAUGGCUCCUAGUGACAGAUUAUAAUUGAAAAGACAGGAAAGACUUUCCCUAAGGGUUGUUUGCUUCAUCUAAAAUUCAAAUCAAGGACAGAGUCCUGUAGAGGUCUCUGACCAUCGUUCAUAAGAGAAGGUGAUGAAGGCACAUGGUGGCAUCUGCAUGUCCCGGUCAUGUCAUGGUUUCUCAUGAUCAGCAGGGGGCAGGUAGGCGUACAGUGAUUAAUGCACAUGAAUGAGAGUGCUUUUGUUUCACAUUUGAAAAUAUCAAGUAUUAUAAAAGACAGACAAUGUGACAGUAUUGAUGCAUGAAAGCCAAGCAGCAAAAUAACAAUCGAUUUAAUUAAUGUCAAAAUAAAUGAGACAUUUGACUUACAUAUGGGCUUCCACUUCCUGCUGCUGACAUUUAGGGGGUCUGAGGCUAAUGUGGUGAAGUCAGCCUCAUCAUACCGGUGCACAGGCAGAGCUGACACCCGCAUUGUAUUCAUAUGGUGAAUAAAUGCACUGCUAAUACAUCAAAGAGUCAUUUUCAGAACUUCUCUUCAUAUUUUGUACAAUAACCAAGGAUUGAAUAGAGUGUGAGACAGGGUUGUAACGGUGUUACCAGUGUGUAUCCCCGCUAGCUCAUUAAUUUCACAGCCAAUCUCUUUAUGUGAGAACCUGCUCUUCACAUGGUGUAAAUCCUAAAAGGCUGAUACUGUGAUAAAGUUCAUUACUGACCUGGGAGUCUAUGAAGUGAUGGAGCAGACAAUUAACAUUCAGGUAACAGUGAGUAAGUAAGUCAGUCAAUUUUAUUCAUGCAAAUGCAAAAAACUUUCAGGAAUUUAUGUGGAAAUAUCUCGCAAACUUUGAGGAAUUAACCCCAAAAAUCUCAGAAAUACUCCAGCAAACCUCCAAGAACUGUUCUAGAAAUUUUGGUUUAUCUGAUUUUUUUGAUAUCUUUGAAGAAGUUUAUAAAGUUUACAAUCAUCCCACGACAGAGGGGAUGAGGGUAACAGUGACAAUAAAUCCAGCUCUUCUUCUCUUAAAGGGAUAUUGUGGAGUAAAAUUAAUUUAGGGUCAUUUAAAGUUGGUAUAACUAGAGAAGCAAGCAGUCGGCAACAUUCAUCUCUUGAGCGGGUGUCUGACUCGGUGUUACGGUGUGUUUGACCCUAAAUUAAUUUUACAACGGAAUAUCCCUUAAAUUACAUUACACUAUGCAAACUGCUCCUAAAGUACAUUAAAAUACAUCUCUGGAACCUCUCUCUAAUUUGUCUCUGAAGGUGACAGUACAUAUCUGACUUUCAUUCAUCCCUUAAUUGUGGUAUUAAUAGAGCGUGGUUCCAUGAUAACAGAUAUUGAUUUCAGCUUUCCAAACAUGAAGCAUGUUAUCUUGUUUUUCUUUUUCAUUGACUUUCCUGGUGGAGUAGGUCAACCGUGACUUUAUUACAUCACAAUUAAUGCCGUACACUCAGGGCGUGUUAUCCCAUUCUUAUUUCAGUGUGUGUGUUUAUGAGUCAUCAGAUGAUCCCUCUGCUCGGCUCGGUUCAGAUGUAGGUCACUUGAUGUGCUCUUGGGCUCGUGGCUCUCCCAUUAAACUGCAGCCCUAAAUUUGAUGUGGCACCUGGUUGGCCUGUGGCGGUGAGAUGUAUGUAGGAUGCACACUAUUUCAUCUCAUAGCAUGCUCGAGUGAAGCCACCACCACAUAUGUGUGUCUCUGAUUCGGCUCUUCAAGCGUUGCGUGGAAAGCCCAGGCUUAUAUAUAGCACGGCUAUAUAAAAAUCUCACAGACUGGUGUAGAGAGUGAAUGUGUCAUCUUGUAUUGACUUUGGGCUCCAAACAUCUUUUUUUCCUCCCUGAUUUUCAUUGUUGUUCAAGCUCAGUGCUAGUACUGUUUUUAGUUUUAUUCUUUUCCUUCUUUCCACUAUCUUUAAAGCAACAUAAAACAGGGGAAAAGGGACAACAACGAACAUGACAAACAAACAAUUUCCAUGUGUGUUUGUCUUAUUGUAAGUCCAGAGCCAAGAAUAAUAUUAAACAAAUACACCAUCAGUUAACAUAGAACAGGCAUAAUGUGUUAAGCUUUAUUAAAACAAAUCACUUUAGAAAUGUGGUUAUUCCACUUAAAGGCCCGAUUGACGAUUGAAGAGAUUGGUAAUUAUUAUGAACCUCAUUUAUAUGGCGAUCAUUGUCCUAAAGUGCAAGAAUGAAAUGAAUGAAAAAAAAUCUGUUCACCCUAGCAGGUGCAGGGCUGCAAAACCAUUGACCAAUGAGAGCCAUCCGUCCCAGACAGCUCUUAUUGGUCAAUCUCCUGCUCCGCCUCUCCAUCCAACCACCUCGCUGUAUUUGACACACCCCUCUCCUGUAGUUCUGACUCAUCCCCUCCCACUUGCCUGGCCCUCCUAAAAGUGGCUAAAAGUAGUGUAGCUGCUUAGCUACAGGAGCUGUGAUGGAGAAGGACGGAAAAAAAAACCACUUCAGCUUGCCCCAACGCCAAAAGUGGGAAGAAGAUGCAAGCCGACAGAAGAAAGAGCAGGGACGCUUUUUACAAAUCCGCCUGAACGGCUCCGUUUUUUUCAACUGCUUCUCAGAUCAUCAACCAUACCUUAAAGUAUUUCACUUUUGUUUUCCCAUCUUAAAAUCAACCAACAUCCUUAAAAUAACAAUAAUAAUAAUUGUUUAUAUAACAAAAUAAAAAAACAAAGUUUACAAAGUGCUUUGACAGAAAAGAAUGGUAGCCUAUUAAGGAAGUUUAGAAAAAUGGAAUUCAAAGUCAAAAUUGUGAAAAUGUUUGAAUUUAUUAGAGUUUGAUUUUUUUAAGGAGGAAUUUAUGAUACAAGGAGCAAAUUCAGACAGACUGCUAUUAAGAUGUUUAUUUAAGACUUUAUUUUACAGUUUUCUACUAACAAACAUACAACUUCCAAACAUAAACCCCCUCCCCCAAGGCUCUUGAACAAAAAAUUAAGUUAAACAGAAUAAUACAAAAAUAGUCAGACAGUGACCUCUUCUCUUAAGUUCAGAAAAUUGAUGUUUUGACCAUGUUUUAAAAUGGUUGUAACUAUUCAAUACAACUCAAGAUGUAUCACUGAAAGGGAAAACCUUCUACAAAUUCUAUAAAGGGACUCCAGGUAAGGUUGAAGUGCAGUUAAGAUGUUGAUAAUGAACAAAACUUUAUUUUCCUACUAACGCCUUGAGUUAAGUCUUCUAUGUAAGGAACUAAACUAUUCUCAGAUUUUAAAUACGCACUAUGUCAGCCAUAAAUUUCCUACUGAUAAUGUCAAAAUGACCAUUUUAAGCCCCUCUUAAAUAAAACAUUAGUUCUUUUUAAAAUGUUGGAAUUACACACUUAACAGCUAGCGUAAAAAGACAACGUCUGAUUGUUUUUGUUUACAUAUCUCUCUUGCGCGCGCGCACACACACACACACACACACACACACACACACACACACAUGCACAUUCACUGCCUUGUGAAAUCAAUUCUGUACUCACAAACAGUAUGCACGUUCAAGCAUUUUCUCCGUCCUCCCUUCACAUUCAAUUAUUACCAAAUAGGAAGCUCUGGGCCAAACACACAAACACACACACACGUUUCCUCAAAUGGGGUUGCCGUGGUAACCGGGUGCAUCUUGGGGCGGGGGUAAUGAGUUUGUCCUCCGCGUUUGCCUGCCUUACUGACUCAAAGUAGAUCUCUCUCUUUCCCUCUCUCUCUCUCUCUCUCUCUCUCACUUUCUGUGUGUGUGAGAGAGAGAGAGAGAUUAUCCCCUGACCCUAUCAUUCACACUGUUCUCUGACAAUUUUGGAGACUUUGAGGCGGAGUGAUAAGGUAGAUAAGAGGUGGAGAGAUAGAUGAGGAAACACCAGGUGAGAGGAGGAGGAAGUGGAGGACAAAAUGAAAGUGAGGAGUGAUGGAUGGAGGAAGUGACAGUGUCGUGCUGUGAGGGUCAUUUUGUCCUAUCUGGCACAUGUUGGACGCUUGUUUAAGAUUGCUCACAUCACUGUGGAUGGAUUGGGAAUCUUGCCAAACAGGUGUGUGUCUGUGUGUGUGUCUGUGUGUGUUUGUUGGAUGCACUAUGCAGCGUAAUUAUACCAGAGAGGAAGCAAUUCCAGACAUAAUUGAAGUAAACUGCCCCUUUAUCGGGAUUAAUGUGGAGGACAGAGACAGAUGGAGGACAAAGACAGAGGAAUCAGGUUGUGUGACUUCACUCACAUUACAAAUAUACACAUAUCGGGUUUGCAAAGAGAGUGAAUGAAUUAUAAAGUAACUUAAAACAUUCCAGAAACUGGUUUUGUUGGUACUUUAACACCCCACAUUGUCAUGGGGUGAUAAAAAGAUGUAUUAACAGUUAUAUAAUUUAAAAUUACAAUGUAAUUUAGCAAGAACAACAAAAGCAAAGAUCUAGACAAGAAGAAACAGGAUCGGUAAGAGCCAUAAAGUGCUUCAGGUUCAUUUGGAUGCAUGUACUUCCAAGCAUUGUUAAUAGUUUGUUUGAUGAACAUCAACAAUGAGGCAACCAAUCAUCAAUGUAAGACUUAACAUAAUUAUCAUCAUAGGUUAAAGGGAUAUUCCGGCGUAAAAUUAAUUAAGGGUCAAACACGCUGUAACAACGAGUUAGACACCCCUUGAGAGAUGAAUGUUGCCGACCGCUUGCUUCGCUAGUUAGAACAACUUCAGUAACGACUGCAUGAUAGCAAAACACAGCAGUCUGAAGAGCCAUAAACAAACCUCAACCAAAACGCCACUCUAUAGCCACAAAUAAUGCUCAGAACAGCACCUAACUUCAUCAACAGAACAUAUAGGGUCCUAGCCACCAAACAUCUUUUUAGCUUUGCCUGAUUUCUUUCACAAAGAGACUAAACACAACUCACCUACUCUCUUCCAGCAGCCACCCCGCUGCGGGAUGUUGCAGCUCAAGGAAGAAAAUUUAUGACUAUUACUUUGUGGAAAUGCAAUCAGACUGAGAUGCUAGGGCAGAGGAACUACCGCGUCUGCAGUGCAAAAUAAUUAUUAUGGUGAUUAUUACUUUAAGGAAAUGAUAAAAAGAAAUGAUCAUAAAUGUUCUUCCUUGAGCUGCAUCACCCCGCUGCAGUCCGUAAUGGACUGGCCUGAGGUCUUGCUAUGAGCAAGCGGCUGCUGGAAGAGAGUAGGUGAGUUGUGUUUGGUCUCUUUGCUAAAGAAAUUAGGCAAAGUUAAAAACAUGUUUGGUGGCUAGUGCUGUGGCUGGGACCCUAUAUGUACUGAUGAAGUUAGGUGCUGUUCUGAGCAUUAUUUGUGGCUAUAGAGUGGCUUUUUGGUUUGAUUAUGGCUCCUCAGACCGCUGUGUAUUGCUAUCUUGCAGUCAUUACUAAAGUUGGUAAAAGUAGAGAAGCAAACAGUAAGGCAACACUCAUCUCUCGAGGGGGUGUCUUACUCGAUGUUAUGGUGGGUUUGACACUAAAUAAAUUUUACGCCGGAAUAUCCCUUUAAUUCUAGCAACGGUGGAGAAUAGUUUAGCUAAGUGCAGAGUGUCCUCUAAAGAGCUGGGUCUGUAGCUGUCAUUUCAAGGUAGCAAGGGACUCAGCAGUCUGAAUGAGUUGGGUAAUUCAUUCCACAUAAUAAAUUUAUCAAUGUCACCCCUGAGGAAGUUAAUAUCCAGGUUGGGGAACUCUAGGCCAACUCACAUGUGUCAACACACCCUCCAGUGUAAAGACAGUCUGCCCCAUUAAUCCAUGGGCCUCUUCACCACUCACUGUAGGUUCCUCCUGUACACUCAGCUGCUACUAGAUUCAAGAAAACAACAAACUAGAAUAAAACAACACCUUGUUUACAAAAGUGUGAUCUGCAGCUGUGAAAACUGUUUGUUGCUCUGCAGACUGUUGAUUGUCUCAGGCUGAUUGGCUCAGAGCUGCUCUUUCUCAUAAUUUCAAAUCCAAGACACACUCUUUGUACAAUUGAAACUGCUGAAAAAAAAGACUUUGGGAUUUACUGAUCCAGACAACAAAUCAGAGGGAUGCAAAAAACAAGAAAGGAAUUUGAGAACGAAAAAAGUUGUUGUUCUUACUGAUGCAGUAACCAAAGUACUAAUCAUCCUACUCCACAAUUCCAUCUACAAAACAGUGAAACACUUUACAAAGUGGAUUCAAAUCUUGUUUUCCAUUUCCCUCUUGAAAAUCCUCAUAAACUGCCGUCAAAUAUAUGUAUGUGUGUGUGUGUGUGUGUGUGUGUGUGUGUGUGUGUGUGUGUGUGUGUGUGUGUGUGUGGUGGCCAGCAGGUGCUCUGUAAUGUGAUAAUGAAGGGAGUGGACAAUGUCGUCACCUUCACUGCUGAGGAUUAAGGGAGCGAAUAACAACAACGUCCCUCUCUGUCAUUGUCUGUUGUUUGGUGACUUUUCAGGAUGAAAGCUGCCCAAGGACAUCAUUAACAUACUGAACUAUGGAAAUGAGUAACAUUUCUCUGCGGAUUAUGGUUCAGAGUGAAGUACAAGUCAUGUGGCUGGGUGAAAAAAAAUCAACAUCUUUGCCUCAAUAGUGUCCCAACAGUCUGUAAUGACCCGAUGUAACAAAACCGGUUACUGGAUGAUGUUUGGAGCUAACUGUAGAAGGAUGGCCAAACAAAACCAAAAGAUGGUCCUGGGAAGAUGACGAGCAAGAGUAGUUCGAGCUUUAACAGACAUGUUUUUAAUUAACCCAAGGGGACUGUACAUGUCAUGACAGCCGCUCUAACACAGUACCUACCAGUAAUUUAUGAGAGAGAUAACACGGGCCCUUUUCACAUUUGAAUUUAUGACAUUUUCAGGGAAAUUUUCUUGUCAUUAAACCCUUUAAUGAUCUGUACCUUGACUUUUACACAUGGGCAGGAGGAAAUUGAAUCUGCUCUCAUUUGCACCAUUUGUUUAGGGCAGCUGAGUCACACAUACAGGAGGAGGCAGAGUCUAAUAGUGACAAUUUCUUGAGUUAGGGUUAGGGUUAAGGGUUAGGGUUGGACAAACACACACAUCAGGCACUCUUGACAUUACAGACACAUGUGGGAGGGUCAGCAAUGUCAACAGCGAGGGUUAAGGUUAGGGGUUGGGGUUUGGGGUUAGGGUUAGGGAUUGGGGGCAGGGUUUGUGGUUAGGGUUAGGGGUUAAGGUUGGGGGUUAGGGUUAGACAAACACACACAUUAGGCACUCUUGGCUUUACAGACACAUGUGGGAGGGUCAGCAAUGUCAACAGCGAGGGUUAGUGUUAGUCUAGGGGGCUAGGGUUUGUGGUUAGGGUUAGGGGUUAGGGUUUGGGGUUAAGGUUAGGGUUGGGUGUUUGGGUCAGGGUUAGACAAACACACACACAUCAUGCACUCUUGACUUUACAGACCAUCCCACAUGUUUCUGUACAGACACAUGUGGGAGGGUCAGCAAUGUCAACAGCACAGCUUUAGUGGGUAACCCUUUCUACUCUAGAUAAGUUAGACCUCACAUAUAAAACAUGUAUGGAUCCUUUAGGUGCGCUGAUUGCGAAUCUGUGCGCUCGAAUCUGCACAUAGCUUUUUUUCUUGAUCUGGUGCCUGGAGGGCUCUGUAAACAGGCAAGGAUGUAAACAAAGUAGCCAAUUUCCACACAGAUAAACCAGUCGUCUCUUACAGCUCCACUCUUCAAACAAGAGCCACCUGCUCUGUUACGUCACAGUGUUGAGGAAUCAAUAUUUUGAUAAUCAUUGAAAACAUACUCAUAAAUCAACAUCUUUAACCUUCGCUGAAGCUUAAAUCUGAUCAUUUUUAAAUAAUAUUCCUAAAUGUGUUACAUACUGAUUUUUUUGUUUGCAUGUUUCUGUUGCCUUUUCUGAGCAUAACAGAUCACAAUAUGAAUUAAAAUAUUGAGUUCUGAUAAUAUUUAUGUGUAUUCUCCACUUACACAAACUCUACUAAUGGUUGUUGUUAGUAGCGACGCACAAAUUU